GGCGUGCCCGUUUGGGAGUACUAUGGGGGCCGUUUUUUGACACAGGAGGGGCGGGGUUAACUCGGUCCGUCUCUGGGAAGGUUUGCCAAAGCAGGCGCUUACAGGUGUCCCGGUCCUUUCUACCCGGACGAGCUCCGUGUCGGGAUUCCUGUUACCCACAGUGGUGUCAGCUCGUGCUCACAGGAGUCAGGUAAACUUUCUGUACGUGUGUGUGUGUGUUUGUGUGUGUGUUUGCGUCGUUCAACCCCGCAUAACUUCUUCAGUUCAGCCGCUUCACAGUGAAUUUACAGCAUUUUGCAUGACUCAGACUCGAUUAGAGGUUGUUUACACCUGGAAAAGGUUGAUUUCCGUGAAUUGACUCAGUUUGUGAUGUUUUGUUUCGUUUUGUUUUUUUCAUGUGUCUCUCUGUGUGACUCCCCGGGAUUCCCAACACACACACUCUGUGUUUGACCUGCUGCUACUGCUGUCCUGCUGAAAUGGUGAGUACAUACAAGUGUUCAUUCACAAAAGAGGGGAGUAUAAUACACUAGAGUGGAGGUAACUCACAUGUAAUGUAUGCAGACAGGAGAAGAGGCAUUUCUUUUGUUGCUCUUUGAGUAAAAAAUGUGGUUAACCCGAGGAGACUAUCGCCGAGGGAUUUUUACCUGAAAUUAUAUAUCCAAGAUAGAGUAGUUUUCAUCAAAAUAGGACAAUACAUGACAAAUUAAAGUAGUUUUCUUUUAUUUUUAACUGUGAAAUUUUCAAAGGCAGGGGAAAAAAAGUGAAAAAAAUGCAGCAAAAUAACUGAAAUUAGACAUUCAUGAACAAAAAAAUCGUAUAUAUAUAUAUAAACUGUAAACUUAGUUUCUUUUCCACCCAUUCCUGGGGCAUGUGAGUCUUCCCUGGUGAAGACUCAGAGUCCUUAGCACAAUAACAGCUGCAGGUUAUACUCAAAAUAUACCAAAAUAUGGCAGAUUUUGAGUGAGUGAAAAUGACCAGCUGACUCAAAUAUUUCCUAUCACCUUAUGAAUUCCCUUGAAAAUCACUACUUUGUGAUAGUUAUUCAUAACAACUGGGCUAAAUAAAGAUAGCAUGGGAAUUCCAGGACCACCCUUACUGACCUAACUCGCCUACAUGCAGCUAUCAAAUCCACCCGAACCUACCUAAACCUACCUAGACCUACCAAGGAAAAACCAGGUGUUGGAUCCGGGAAACAAAUAUGCCUUCAAAGAUGUCAAAGGAAAUGCUGAAGCUACCCAGGGACCCAUGAUACUCAGACAAACGUAACAUAAUGAAAAGCAUGUAAACAUGUUUGGUGGGUAAAAGUUACCCGGCGAUAGUGUUCUAGGGUUAAGGGUCACAAAAAGGGCUGCAGGACCUUCUUGAGAAACCCUCACUCGUCUGGUUUGUGCAGCAGCUGUUUAAAAAGUGAAAACACCUCUUACAGCACUUCUCUUUUGGCACUCACUGGUGUUAAAAUAACUCACCAAAAAUCUCAGCUAUCCAAAUGUCUCGCUGACAUUUGAUCUCUGGACCUCUCAACAUGCUGAUUGUGUUCUGUCAAGGUGACGUGUCUAUCUAUGAGGUCUAUAUCAGCGUUUUUCUCUUAACACAUCUCCUCUCAUAAGUGCUGAGCCAGCACUGCUAGUUUUCCUUGACACACACGCACACACACAAACACACCUGAUCAAAAGAGCGCUGGGCACAGGCAGACACUUCGGAAAUGGGAAGUCCUCACCACAUGUGUUUCCGUUUAGAUUCUCCUCAAAAUAGAAAUGUGCAUGAAUCAAUGAAGGAGAAGCUUUCUGUUUUAAUACUCUCUUUCAUGGGCCCACUCGACUCAGAGGCUCUUUACUGCAUACUAACUUUUGUAAUUGCAGUCCAUAUGGCUGUGGUUAAGUCUUAUUUGAUGUUUAGUGUUUCAGACAUUGGAUGGACUAUUGCUUUUUAUAGUGCCACAUGGUCGGCCGUACGGUCCAGUAGCUUUAACAGGUUUAUGAGGUUGAAUGAUGAAGGUGAGUGUACAGGACUGCAGAGAUAAGGCUGGGCAAAGUCUGAGUCCUGUCAUUGGUACAAUCCAGCACGUUCCUCUGUUAGGUGUUCAUGAAUGGAUGAUUGGGAGUUUUUGCUGUCGCUGUGUUUGUCUUUAAGGCUUCCCUCAUAAAAAGGUGCUUCAUAUAUCUUCAAAUUGUGCUUUAAAGCUCCUAUAAGGAGUUUUCAGCUGCCUCCAAAAAAGACUGAAAUUAAUAUUGAUGACAGACAAAAGUAUAAAAAAGACCAUUACCAACAGGACUGAUUAUUUUUUCGUAAUGUCAAACUGUUGGCAGAGGGUAGGUGUCAGACAAGUUACUUUAAAAACAGCUGGAUUUUCUAAUACGUGACGUUAUGUAAACCAAGAUGUAGCAGGUUGGUAUUGUUAUGUUAAAGAACGCAUCUUAAGGACACGAUCGACAAAUAAAUGAGAGGUGCAGCUUUGUCCACCGGGGGCGGCAGAGUCAACACAAACUCAAAAGUCCAUCACAGGAGCUUUAAUUCAGCAAAAACACACAAAUUCAGAAACUAAAGCUCAAAGUAAAACCUGGAUGAUUUUUCGGACAAAGUAGCUGACAGAAAGACAACUAAAGCUACACUGGCAUAGACAUAAUUGAUAUCAUAUCAGUAUCAGCCCACUCAAAGCUUAUAUUGCCAUUAUUUUCUUAGCAUUUUACAAGUAAACAUGCCUUUUUUACUGAAUUACAACCCUGAAUUUUUUUUCUCACUAAUUUAAGAUAGCUGGACAGAGAUCCCAAAGUCCCUUUUGGCGAUUUUUCGCUAAGCCUAAUUAAUAAAGAUAAUACAAUACAAGGUUGUUUUUUUUUAAACUCUGCAGAGGGGUAAAGCUGGCCUAUGUGGCUGCUAAAUGUCACGUUCACCAGCUAGUUGUUCAUUUUCUGUUUCCUGUUUGGUAAGACAACAGUAUUGUUAGUUUUCAGAGCUUUUUACAGGAAACAUUUGGGCACUGUGGCAGAAAGUGAUGCAAUAAGAGCGUAAAAAGCAAGUGUAGUUGUGUGUUGUACAGCAAAGUUAAUAGCUAAAUCUUGCUUUGCAGAGUCAUGAGCCUCUGUCAGUCAACUAGGAAAGAUUUUUGUACUCAUUACAUCGAAGAAAGUGUCUAAAAAGCUCAAUUACUAAUAAUUGAAUAAAACGAAUAUUCAUGUUUUAUUGGAUAAUUGACUUUGUCAAUGAUUAGAUUUGAUUCGGAGCGAUCAAACAAUGUCAGUGACGACUAAUGCAUAAGGGUAAGUGAGGUCGCAUUAGCCCAGCCCACUUCAUACAGGUUCCUGUCCGUCAGAGUAAAAAGCUAAUUUGAAAAAAAUGUUGAAUUGGCAUCUUUAUUUCCAAACAAGAACUUUACUGGAUACUUCCACUUGACAGCAUUCGAGCUGACAGCCCACAGUGGAAAUGCUACUCUGUGUUAAAGUCCUAAUGCCAUGUCUGUGAGUGCAAAUAACUGUGCAAAGUAGCAGUUACAGAUAAGAUAGUAAACACUGUCAUACUGUAAAUCACGUGUUACCAGCUGUCGCAGGAGAAAGUAUUUAAAUUUUGUGGGCGACUGUUUCUUUGCUUGGUUUUUCCAAGCUGGGCAACUGGAACACAGAAAGGAUGUAAUUACAGGCGAACAGCAGGGGAUUUCCAGAUCUGACUCUGACUAGACUGUAGUUUAUGCACAAAAACUGUGCAUUACAUGAGGCAUCGAGUCAAAGAGCUACAGUAGGGAGAUGCUUUCAAGGUAUUUAGGCGAAAAAGCUACUUGUGGUGACCUGCAGUAAAGAUUAGAUGGUGACCUUCCCCGCCUUUGCACAAGAUAAGGUAUAAAUUCAGAUGCUUUCCUCUGCACUUCAUGAGUGAUUACGUAAUCCGAUAAAAUCUUCUUUCUGCAUGGAGGACUCUUUACUGCUCAUAAUUAUCAGUCAUUCUGUCACAAGAAUAAAAAGUUCCUCUGUUGUUUUACUGUCUCUUGUGAUAGACUAUCUCUGACUGCUCAUCCCGAGAAUGUAAAUCAAUAUUAGCGUCGGUUCAGUUCAUGAUGAAGAGCGCCGGCAUUGUACCAGAAAAGAACACAUUGUUUCACCUGAUGCUCUUUGAUGCCAUGACUCACUGUGCUGCGCUGAGCAAAUUGAAGGAUACAGCUCGACCAUGUGUGAGAGGCAAAGGCUAAAGGUUAACAGAAAUAGUCUGCAAAUCUCUGGCAUUAUCGUCAUUUGGUGAUAAGACAUGCAAAGGUUGGGCUGAGGUAAUUUUCUGUCGGCUGCAGACGGGAUAGAAACUGUAGCUCCUCAAGCUGCUUUUAAAUACAAGAUAUUUUAUUUUCAAUUUUCAGUAAUUUGGUCAAAUCUAAAUGAUAUUUUUUCACUUCUUAAAAAAACAUUCCUAAAAUAACAGCCAUUAUUCUAUCCAACGGUAUAAGAUUGGACAACUUAGAUUGUAUAAAACAUGGAUGCAGUCCCAUUUGUUUCUGAAACAGAGGUUAGAAACCCAUCGAUAGUGGUCGCCAUAUUGGGAAUGCUAACUUAACGUAGGCUGUGUCCAAAAUGAAUCACUCAAUCCCUGACCCCUAACCCCCAUAUGGAGUUUCACUAUAUAGCUGACUAUGUAGUGAGCUCAAUCACAGGAGGUUUCCGACACUACGUGGCAAGACGCAAUGCAUGACGGGAUGCCCACCACCGGUGAGUGACCAUCGGAUGGUCACUACAUUUUGCAAUGCUCUAUGGGAAAUUUUGAGUUGCCUAUAUGGGGCAUUGGAAUUGAUCACUCAGGUUUUGGACACCCCUUAAAUGGCGCUAACCCCCAUAUAGUCGCCUAUAUAGGGGUUAGGAAUCCAUUUCGGACACAGCCUUAGUUUACAGUCAGCCUGGAAACAGACAAAGAGGCAAAGCUAAACAGGAUGUAGUGUUGGCGAGCAGCUAGCUACAUUGUGCUGGCCCCUUAUUAUGCAAAUCAAUGCAGAAUUAUCAGACUUAAUAUCUAUAAAAUAUAUAAUUCUUUAAAUCGUUUAUUCCCAGCACUAUUUGUACGUAUAAAGAAACGAGCUAAUAAGGCUAAACUGUAUUUAAACCAGGUUGUAAACAUUUUUAAUUUUGCUGAAACUUCGCCUCGGUACAGUCUUCGCUGUUUCUGCUCCAAAAUCAGAUGUAAAAAAAAUAGUUUAAUCAAACUGUCAGACCAUCAAAAACUUUUUUGUUUGCAUUUAAGUUUAUAGAGGUAGUUCUUUCACACCUGAAUGAAAAACUCUGCUUGCAUCAGAUUUGGCGCCCCCUGUGGACAAGUUAGUGUCUCUUACAUCUUUGAUUAUUUUGCCUUCUGCGUGAUCAGUUUCCUAAACCACAGAAUAAUCUGAUUUAUUUAUCCGUUCUGGAUCAUCAUGAGCGUUCGCCUGAAGAGUUUUAUGUAAAUAAAACCAUUAGCACAGAUUUACUGCCCUCAGGUGUACCGUCAUUCACUGGCGGCUGAAGUGAGCUGAACAGGACACGUGAACGCAGCGCCGCUUCCGAUCCCCAAAGCCUUUGGGCGCUGAGAGAGAUAACACGUAUGACUCAAUCUUGUUGAGUGGAGAGAUAAGCUUGUUGGGAGUCUUGUUAUCUCUCACCGUUGCCUGAUCACUUGAGGAGCAGUAUGAGGCUGCCUUAUAAAGCUGCAGCUCCUGGGACAGCACAUUGACAGUGACGGGGUAUUUAUAGUGGAGAGGGGGGGGCUUAGCUUCUGACUGGAGUCUUUUGGAUUUUUUUCUUCAUGUGUUAUUGUGUUGGACUUUUUCCCCUGUCAAAACUUAGGCUGGUUUACAGUUUACUUUAUACCUAGUCUGGCUUGUUCAACAGCUACUGGAUAGAAGGCAAUCUGUCCCGUUCAGGAUCUGCAGGACUAACUCUGUUUAUCUCCUGACUUUCAUCUAGUGAUGUUGACCUGCUGAAAGCUUAACCUUAACAAUGGUUACCAAACAAACACCUGCAAAUAUGAUGACAUUCCCAUGAGCCUAGUUGUAGGUAAAAUUGCAAUUUUUUAAUGUACAUUUUAGGGCUGUUAGAUAAUGGAGAUAUUAUAAAAAAAACAACAACCCCAUGAUUUGACAUCCACAUUAUUACACACAUUUACACAAGUUUAAACUUUGACAACUUAAAAACUGUUUAACUAGAUGAUACAAGUAUUUGAAAAGUCAUACGCACUGCUACCAAAAGACACUGUGCACAAUACUUCACUGUACUUUUAGAGCUCCAGCUUCAUUUUGGGGAUAAUACUCAUGAAAUUAAAAAUGCCAGAUUUCACAUGUAGGAAAAUAGAAAAUUGAACGAUUUGAGCUCUUUUUCUGCAGAUCUAAUAAAUCAUUCAGUUUUUCGAGUGUUGAGCUUGUAUUUUAAUCUUAAUUGGGAACGAUAUCUCUUUUCAUGUGCAUUCUGUCCCUUGGCUUUCAGACACACACAGACACACACACCUCCACCUGAGGGUGUACAAUACACUUAAAUCAACAUAUAGGAUGUAUAUGAACAUGUUAAUCUUAAUAUUAAUAUUAGCAUGGUGGCAUGACUCAAGGUGGAGAUGAACCUUAAACUAACAGAGUCGCUUGCACAGCUCUAGACUUUUGUUCUUACAUAAAUACUGAAGAAAUUGUUAUACUUCGAUCCAGUUUCACUCUAAAAAAUCAGAAUAAGAGUGUGGCUAAGAAAUAGUCUAAGUCUCAUUGAAGUCCAUGUGAAAGAAAUCAGAAAUGAUCCGUUCCCUUGGACUGAAUCCGAACCCAAUCAUGUGACAUUGGUUUAUCAACCUCCUGACACACAUUGUUUCUCUUUCUCUUCCUAGCUCGAAUGCUGACACUCAUAAAAAAAGAAACUCUUUAAGUCAAGAGCGAUUCUAAAAAUUGUCUCUUUUUUCCAACCAUAUGCUGCACAUGUGCCGCCCCUCCCUUUCUCUCAAAGUGCCUCGUCUGCUAACACUUGAAGGGCAUAAUCAUUAGCCUGCUGCUUUCCAAAGGUUAAAAAAAAACAGCAUUUAUGAUUUCUCAAGAUAAGAUGCAAAUGAAACAGGGGUGCUCAUCGCAAUUCAUCAGAAGUAAUCCUUUCUGUGUGCACCCUUGACUCGAAAUAAAAGGAAGCCAAAGUUGGAAAGACUGACUGAUGAUGGGAGGUGAUGAUUUGGGAGUUUGGUCCAGUUCAGGAUGUCAGAAUCAAACUCUGGAGUGAAGUCGUGUACAGCCGAGCAGAGCUGGACAGCAGGGGACAUGAGCUUUGGGUAACGAGGGGCUGAGAUUAAAUCAGAGCUGGCCUGGUGCCAAUCUACUAUGAGUUCAUUCAGUUCAAGGUAUAAUUUGAAACAGCUAUUACAAUGAUAAGUCUCAGCACUUGAUAAUACAUUCAUAUUGUAGACAAUAGAUUUCCUCUUUAGACUGAGAGUGCUUUAGAAACAGUGAGCACUCUAUCUGAAGUCGGUUUGCAUGAACACAUCUUCUGUCAUAGUAACGCCUCUGCAGAGCGCGGACAACUGAGCAACAUCAAAUUGGAAAUGUGAUUAUGUGUUUGGGCAGAGAUCAUUUUCAAACCAGCAGCAGUUAUUUUCCCCCAGACCUCAGCGAGGGCAGGGAAUGCUGGCCUUGACUUGUUCUUUUUUAAUUGGAUCACAUGGGUGAUUUGCCAUGUAUUGUUGAGGACAUGCUUCAAUAUAAUUAUGUAUUGAUGAAGUGCCAGCCUGCUCGUCGUGACUGCAAUACUAGAAAUUGGAUUGCUGUAAUGAGGUUAUGAUGGUUCCUGAUUUUAGAAACUGAGAGUAUUUAUAAAUAUUCUCUCUCUGGAAUUUAGAAAGUGUUUGGUCUCGGAGUAAGACCUUUAAAUGAAGUGCUAAUUCGAAAAUUCCGUUUUAGAGAGUCAAGAUGUGUUGAACUUUGAACGCCUAAUAGCUAAUAGCUCUCCAGGUUUAUAAGCGAAUGGUCUGAUUUAUUCCUCUUUUAUGAAUGAAACCAGACAUGUUUGUUUUAAGCAGGAUAACCAUCACACUCCAACACGUGUGUUUCGUUGGUAUGAACAUUAAAAAAAGUGUCCAAUUCAUAUUCAGUUCCCGCUCAGCUGUUACAUCAUAGAGGCCUGGAAUAACGUACAUUUACACUGCGUUCCAGUUACCUCAGAAGUCGAAGCUGGGAAUGAUGUUUCACCCAACUUGACGGCAUUCCAGUAAACAAGUUGGAAACCAAGAUGGACGCCUACUGUUAGCCAUUGUUAGCUGUUAACAAUUGUCAGUUGUCGUUAGCCGUUGUCAGCUGUUGUUAGUUGUUGUAAACAACACAUAACACAAUAUUUUACUCUUACAAACACCAAAGCAUUCUGUUCACGGUUAGAUGUUGGGCAGUACAACAUAUACCACUUAUUUAAUUUCACAAAAACAAAACAGAAGUGCUAAUAAAUAAAACAUUAAGAGAGCUUUCACUGUUACUCUUUACUGUUGAUGCACUGCGCUGCCAUCUUGGAUUAUGACAUUGUUGUCAAGUCAGGGUUGGCGAGGAUCGUCUGACUUUUCGAGUUGUAAAUUUGACUUCAAGGGGGAGUUCCAGAUGAAUUUCUGACCUGGAGCUCGGAAAUCCCGACUUCCGAGUACAACUGGAAUGCAGCAUUACUCUUAAAUGUUAACACACCUGUGUAGUAUUUUUCAGAAAGUUGCAACACUGCCUCCUUUAUUUAGAGAGGGAAUCAAGUAGCUACGUCUGAUAUUGAGAAAUGAAGCCAAUACAAAAGCCAGAAGUGCUAAAAACUGCAGUUCCUGAACUGACCACUAGAGGUCGGCUGCAGAAGUGCCUGAAACCCCAUACACACUAAUUCAAAAAUGCCCAUUUUUAGAGCAAAAAUUCACAGACUGAUUUUUUGUCUGAAUAACUCAGGCACUCACUGUACGAGGAGGAAUUUUUAUUUAAUAUUUUUUUUAUUUUGGAGAUAUUAGGGUUUAGGUGAAUCAGAGGCAUGGCUGACUUGACUGACAGAUGGACACACUGCAGCUAUUUGCAGGGAGGCUAAAAAAAAUCUGAAUGUGAAAGCACCAUAACAACAUGUACGAUACUAUUAAUAUGGAGGAUUUCAUUACACAACACAGGACUGCUAAGUAGCUUGUAAACACUAUUAAAAGUGCAUCUACUCUACUAUUUAUGCAGGGGGGAGUCAUCUUGGAUUUCGAGCUCAGGACACCUGAAGUUGCUUUGAGUUUCUGAAUUGGAUUACCAACUGAAAAAUCAAAUCAGACUGGCAUUUCAAAAUUUCUGACUCCCAAAAUCAAAUUAAAAGAGUCAACAUGCCUAAGCAGAUAAUUAUUCAUGAGCAUAUUGUCCUACAGCAGUGAUGAGCCUCAAUGCAACUCCCUCUAGAGUCAGUUAACUCAGACUACUGGGACAUUUUCUGAAAAGCACGAAAAAUAACCUUGUGUCCCACGUUUGUGCUUAUUCAGUAAUUUUCAGCAAGACAGUGGAGUCAGACGAUGACGAAACAAGUUCAAGGUUUGGCUCAUGAGCAGAUGAGCUGCAGAGGAACUGAGUGUCUAUACGCAGCAGAAAAAAAGCGAGGAGUUAAGCAGCCACAUAAGCUAAGUGGAGUCCAGAGAUCACAUGUUGUCUGUGUUGUGUGGCAUUAAUCAUUCUGCUGACCAAGGGCUGCUCAGGCAGAGGAGUCAGAUCUGCACUUAUCUGCAAGUCACUACACAUAAACGGAAGAAAGUCAAAGCGUCAGAUAUAAAUGUAGAGUUUGAGUUUUCUUGAAGUGAAAGUAAGUCUUCUGGAGUCAUGUUUCUCUGUUUAAUCCAACUUUACAAAAGAUCGUUUGUCAACCUAACACACAACUUCCUGCGCAGUGAAGCGUUUCUCUGAAGAAGAAGAAGAAGAAGGAGGAGGAGGGGAAGUCAUCAAAAACAUAUUACAUUAACUGAAGCAAAAAGCGAAGAUCGUAACUCAAAACAUGUGACGGCAGAGUUCAAGGUUUUGCUCUUGCAUUCAACAGUAAAAUAAUAAAACUUAUCAGCUGAAACAGAGGAAAGUCUGAGCAUGCUGUCUGCUUCAUAUUACGCACUGAUCGAAAGAACUGAAAACAGCAGAGAAAUAUGAUUUAAUCUUCUCAGUUGUGACUGUCAUAUUUCAUAGAUAAUGCUCACAGACAAGGAUUUAUGUCCGUCACGUACUUUCUGAUCUAUUCUACAUAACGAUAAAACUGAAAACAGAAGCUUUGUUUUCAAACUGUCUUUGUCUUUGCAAACUAGUCAUUGAAUUCAUUACCAUCAUUCAGCAAAUGUCUUCAAAGCUUUUUAAAAGCUCCGGUAGCACCGCAUAUAUACCACUGAGUAUUGACUCAUCCACGGUUAAUUGUUUUUUCAUCCCUUGCGGACAAAACCAGGAUAAUGUCAUUUAGUUUGAAACAGUGAGCAGCAUUUUCCUGACACAAGAGGUCAAACAAACUAACUGCAACACCAGAUAAGAUGAAUUAGAGCUGAGUGGAAGUUAAAGAGAGUCAGACAGUCGCCAGAAUGGACCAAACCAAGCCUGAAGCGCUUUUGAACAUGUGACCAAAACAAAAGCUUCUUUUUCCUGAUGCCUUUCUUUGUAUUUUGCUUUAUGUCCCAUAAAAGCAGCGUAAAUAAAUUCUCCUCUUUUCACUGAGGACAUUUAUCUAUAGUGAUAAACAGUGUAUUUACAAAUGCACAUUCUUUGACCGUACUGUGCUGCUCUAUGUCGACGGCACGCCCUGUUUUAAGAGAGCAUUUAGGGCCUGUUUCCACUAUCAGCGCCCACGAUGUCAACAUCCUUCAAUCGACAACUUUGAUUUCAGAGCGCUGCUAAUCAGUGUUUACUGUUGCUAGGUUAAGAAAGUUAUCCUGCUGUACUUCCUCCUGUCUUUGUUAAUGCUCAGUGCGCAUUUCAUUAAAUUUUACUCAGUUAAAUUCAUAAAAAGAACUCUAUUGUGGCAACAGCAGUAGCUCUAGAAUGGAAAAGAUACCUCGAAAACUAUACUUGUUUUUCCUCUGCUACUGUUGUCAACAAAGUGACCCCAACUUUACUUUGAUUGGUUGGUUUACUAUGCCAAGGUCCCCAAAUUUAACAAUUUACAGCUGCUGUUAAGAGUUAGGGUUAGUUCACUGCCUGCACAUGCACAUAAUAUAAACUCUGUUAGUGGACACAGGCCCUGACAGAGGAGACGCUUCUGUCUACAAGUGAUGCAUUUGGUUUUUUUACUACUUGUUAACAGAAGUUUAAGUUUUGUUUGUUCAACCUUUGCACAUAACUUGGAAACAAAGUUGUCCUGCAAAAGUCAGCCAAACACACAUCAGAGAUUGCAGAAAGCAGUAAUUUAAUAAUGAAAAGAAGUACGUGAACAUUUCUGCUCUCUUUGGAGACGAGCUACAGCUGUAUUCAGCCCUUCACUUCCAAUUUAAGAUUGUUUGCAGGCACACAGUCACCACCCACUGGCCAGACGGGCCACGAUGAGCAAUGUCUCAGACCAACAGUGUGCUCACGCUCUAAAUGUAGAUCACUAUUGUUUUGCUGAGCAGAACACAGAUGUCCAAGUUAGUCGUUACUUCCUUUUUGACUAUGUAUUCUCGAUAAGACACACUAUAGCGAUGCCAGGUUCAUUCUCACAAGGCUCGUCAUUUACUGUGAAAUCUGUGCCUGAAAAACAAGAACUGAAGGGGAAGUGAAAGAGCCUAACUUUGGAGGAAUGGUAGACUUACAUUAGAGUCACAUCAAUCAUCUUUUUUCACAGUGAAAACGUCAAAGUUGUAAGGCUGCCUCUUAUCAAACUGUCAAUUAGAUCUUUUUAAGGGUAAUGGAGCUCUCACAUAAUACUCAGCAAAGUCACAGAGAUGAGUUAUUACACUGUCACCAUGGGAAUACCGUCCUUCUUUCAGCCCUCCAUAGUUAUUAUCUGUCCUCUAGCAUCUACUAUAACAGGAAUAUUUAGUUACGUCUAUUGUUAAGGCGCGGCAGCUCUAAACCUCGCUCUCCUCACUCCUGGUUUGCUUCUGUGUUGUCAGGAAUUUUAAUUUUGCACGUAAAGCAGCUAAAUCACCUCUGAUUGUAACGUGGAUUACAUGUCUUGGAUGUUAAACAGUCGUUGUUGUCGUCCUUGAGCUUGUUUUACGAGCUGUGCUACAAUUAGCCGAAGCUGGAUGAGGAGCCAGCUGUCUGACUGCUGUACAGAAGAGUUACAGUGUGUGUGAGUUAUUACAUUUACCCUCUGCUAUCUGCAAAGCAUGCCUGCUAUGUGUCCGUCACUAUUUAGGGAAAUCGUGAACGACUGCAGCAGAAAAUUCUCCAAAGCCGUCAUACGCCUGUGUUUUUAUACCCGCACGGCGUACUGUAAGUGUUGGCAUGUGGUAUAGUACUCGAGCAUGAAGGCAAUUAGAUGAAAUAAAAGUCAAACUGGUGACCGGGUUGGGUCAAGUUCCCACUGGGAGGCGGGGGGUAAAACCCACAAGUCCCCCUGAGGGAACAACCCAGACACUAAUUAAAAACUUGCUUUUAUGUUGGUGUAUGCGCGCUCGCAACCACAUGUAUGAACCGGGAAUAGGGCCGGCAGAUGUGUGUGUCGGUAUGUUUUCAUGCCCCCUUUUUUAAUAUGUCCUGGAUUUUGUUUUCAAUAAGGAGAGUAUUAUAAAGUCUUCCUGCACACAGUCAGCCGGUGAUUGUAAGAUCAGUUUGAAUUACACCAAAGACAUCCAGGUAUUUUGUUUUAUAUGAAGCUGAUUGUGAAAAGAGUCAGGACAAAACAGCAUUUCAAGGAGGUCCUACUUCUGCAAGGUGAUCUGUGUCUGACUGAAACAUGCAGGCGAGUGUGACAUAACAUAGAGAGGAAUGAGUAUGGGGUCAGUAUGUAGCAUGCUGGUACUAUUUUUCUAACUAUCAAGUUUUAUAACAGUGAGUAAAAAACAACAUAUUUCUAGUUCAAUACAGUACAGAUGUUUGUAUUUUCUAAAGCCAAUGCAUGGCCACCCCUAGAUCCACCCCUGGUAAAUGUGCAGCAGCUACCUUUUUUGUGUCAAUAUCAAGUCCAGUGCCACUGAUCAGGUUAUCUAUUAACAGAGUUAUUGGCUGAUAGGAAACAUUACAUAAGUUCGCAUUACAUAAGUCUUUUCAUCAGCAAAUAAAUACCUGUGAAAAUGACUCAUUUGUUAAUUUUUUUUAUACAUGUGCAGCUCCUCUUUCAUGGAGGACUGCCAUCUUGCUACGGUAGCCCAGAGAGGACAAAACUGACACUCAGCGCUGAAGGGAAGUCUUUUCUUGCUCAGAAUUAAUCAGCUCAGUUUGUCAGCUCUAGUUUUGUCCAUCAAGCCCGUGGGGAUCAGGCAGAGCUGUGUAUGACAGGAGUUCAGAAUAUAAAAGUAGAGUAGGACUUCAACAAAGUAUUAUUUUUUAUUGAUUGACAAAAAAGUUUUUUAGUGAAUUGAUCUUUAAAACUUAAAGGGAUAUUCUGGCCUAAAAUUGGGUUAGGGUCAAACACAGGGUAACACCAAUUUAGACACCCCCUUUAGACACAUCUUUUUAACUUUGCCUAAUUUCUUUAGAAAAGAGAGAAAACACGACUCAGCUACUCUCCUCCAGCAGCCACUUGUUUGUAGCAAGACCUCCGGGUGAGUCCAUCAACUGUAGCGGGGUGACCUUGUGGAAAUGCUAUCAACUAAGGCAGAAGAACUACCACGUCUGCAGUGCAAAAUGAUUAUUAUGGUGAUUAUUACUUCAAGGAAAUGAUAAAGUAAUUAUCAUAAAUGUUCUUCCUUGAGCUGCGUCACCCCGCUGUAGUCAAUGGACUCACCCAUAAGUCUCUGUACAAACAAGUGGCUGCUGGAAGAGAAAUGGUGAGUUGUGUUUAGUCUCUUUGCUAAAGAAAUUAUAAAUCUGAGCAUUAUUUGUGGCCAUAAAGUGGCGUUUUGGUUGAGCGCAUGGCCCUCCUCAUUGCUAUCUGUGGUCGUUACUAAAGUUGGUAUAACUAGAGAAGCAAGCAGUUCAAUCUCUCGAGGGGGUGUCUAACUCGGUGUUACGGUGUGUUUGACCCUAAAUUAAUUUUUACGCUGGAAUAUCCCUUUAAUACAGAGAAAUUUGGCUUUAAUGAGUAGUGGUCCACGAAUUACAGAUAUUAUGUGAGUGAGUCAGCCAAAAGCAGAUAUAUAAUGCCUAUACCACACUUUUCUUUUAAAUAAAUACUGACAAAUAAAAAACAAAAGAUUUGAACUUGAGCGAACUUUUUCUUUUCAAAUAAAAUUAAGUCCAAAUGGAAUAACAUCGCCACAAAGAAAGAUAAAUAUAACACGAUUUGUAGUAGGGGAAAGUAAUGUGAAGAUCCAUUGUUUUAUGCACAUUAAAAUUUAAUAUACGUGGUUAUCUUAUCUAAUUUUUAAGGUUUCUAAAUACUCGUGUAAUACUGAACUGCACUAUGCAACAGGUCAUACAAUUUUAUAUUUGAUGUGCUAUGAAUGGGUGAUGAGAAAAAUGCUGGAGCCAGUGCUGAUACUAUGCCGAUCAUGUCAAAAUGAUUAAUCGACCAACUUCAGCCUUAAAGUUUUAAAAAAAAUCUGGGUUUGUGAAUAUUUGAUGGAUUUAUUCAGCUUUAAAGUUGAAUAAUUUAAAUAAAGUAAAGGCUUUUUUAAACUGCACUCACUCACUCACAGUAGAAGAUUUUAGCAGAUAAACUGUACCACUUCCACUGAUUCAGUUCCUUUAAAUAACAUUAUCUCAUAAACAGAGGAGACUCGCUCUGCCUCAGCCAAACAGCAAACCUCGUGCUGUUAAUUGCCAUGCUCUGUGCAUGUGUGUGUUUGCGUGGGUGUGUGUGAAGGGGAGGGGAGUAGGGGAGUGGGGGGUGCUGCUGAAAUAAUGCCCCGGCUGUCCUGACAUCCCACAAUUCUUCUGUGGGCUGCAUAGUUGAGUGUGAUAGGCUGGCGGAGAGGGGAACUGCAGCAGCAGCAGCAGCAGAGUAGCAGCAGCACCGCUGUCAGGAAACACAAGCCCACUACGAAUGCAACUCGCGUUACCAGCCUGAACGAGGACGCUCCACCUGGUAAUAAACCCGUUUCUUUUGCUGCUUUUAUCCGUGUAUUUGUCUCAGAGGAGGUGCUUUCGCUUCUGUGCGUUCCUCGCUCUUAUUUCCUCGUCUUCUUCUGCUCGUCUUGCCGAUGACAGAUGAUUCACAUAAAAAAAAAACACACACUUCUACUGUAUCCACUCAGGCGGUAAAGUGAGCUGAUCGCAGCCUGUUUUUAUCCCGCAGUUUUGCAUGGGGAAACCCUCCUGCGUGGGUACAUUGUAGCCGUGUGUUGUUUUCUGUCUACUAUCUGAAGCUCAAAGUCGGAAAUCUCCAAGGAGCAGAUCGGUUUGAGGGUUUUACAGUAAAGCUAACGUGAGCUCCAGUUUGGUGGGGAGUGGGUGUCCGCGGAGAUGCCUUUUUUUCCAACCUUUAUUUCACAGUAUGAAGGACAACGCUGAGUCACGGGCAGACACGGCCACAUUUGAGGACUAUUAAUGGAUUAAAAUAGUUCCCCAGUCGGAGGUUAAGACGACAUAGUCGGGUGUUUUUGAUCUGCAGUGCGGUGGGCGUGGUUAAGGGCAGGAUGACACGAGCUGGAUCCUCUUUUAGCAUCCUCACAUCCUUAAGGAAAGAGGGGGAGUAAUGGCCGGAGUCUGACUUGACAAUUUAAUUAAGAUGCACAGUAAGCUGUUGUUGCAGUAGCAUUGAACAGGCAGUAACAUUGUGGGCCUUGUUUCCAGGCUUUUUGUCCCAGUUUUUAUGACUUUCUGUUGUCAAUUGUGUCUACUAGUUGCAUCUCUGCCUUACAUUCACCAACAGCAACAGUUAACCCUGUGAACUCCAAGCUAUAUUUUGCUAUUUUUGGUCCGCCUAUGUAAUCCUUUUAGCAACUCUAUUCUUUCAAGCACAGCAAAUCGAGAAGAAGAAGAACUUAAUUGGCAAAAAGUGACCGCUGACAUUAGCAGUUGCUAGCUAGCUUAGCUCAAUUGUCUGAACAACAAUAACCCAUAAAUUCACAAUUUGGCAUAUUUAAACAAAAUCAAAUCACAACGACCAACAGUCACAGUCCUCAAACUCUGAGCUCAUAUGUUGUCACAUGUUAGAUCGUCAAGGUUAGAAAAAAACAGGAUCAAUCCCUGACAAGCUACGAUAGCAUUAUAUGAACAGUCGCGUUCACUAACGUUUUAGCGUUCCAUAAAAUAAUGUGACGAAGCACGAUACAAGACGGCUAGUCCACCCCUGUUUGUAAUCCGUGAGGCUACAUACCCCUCCUACUUUGUCCAAUCGACGAGCGCCCCUUUCAACCACGUGAUGCUGCUUGGAAAGUUUGGUGCGCUUUAGAAAUCACAGUGUGAAAGCAGAACCGAAACACGUGAUAAAUGCAACAAUGCUGCGACUUUCAGCUCCCCAAUUGAACUGAGUCCACUUGGUCAGGUGUGAAAGUGACUUUACAGAAGAAUUGUUAAGUCUGAUGGCUGUUGGUACAAAAGAUCUUCUGAAUCUUUCUGUCCUGCAGCGAAGAGAGAGGAGCCGUCCACCACCAUUGGCCCUUUGGUCCAUCAAGGUGUUGUGAAAUGGGUGAUCCAUGUUCUUUAGAAUAGUCUCCACCUUCCUCAGUGUAGAUCUCUCCACCACAUCCUCCACAGAGUCUGGCUUGAGUCCAACCACAGAGCCAGCCUUUUUCACCAGUUUGUCAAGACAUCUUGCAUCUUUGUGUUGCAUCUUCGUCUUGCAUCCUGUGAGGCGUGUGUGUUGAAACAAACACGCAACAGGAACUAUUUACAUAUUUACACUCAUUCUUCCAGGCGUUUUUUUACUAUUUACGGGUCUUUAUGCCACUCCUUGAAACAAUCCUGUCUGGGAUGAGACAGAGGGCCACAUCAUACUGCUCAUAAUCUCCUCUUUGCUUGUUUCUAAGUAUUGACGACCAUUAAUUCUUAUUUUGCAGACAAGCAGGGAAUUUUCUUGUCUCUUGUUCAUCCUUGGUUGCCUCUUAUUGUACACUACCGUGAAAAACAAUAGAGGAAGAAUAUGAGACCAUGUAAUUGGUCAAAUGUUUGACAGAAACAACAUCAUCAAAACAAACCCGGAAGACAUUAGCGGCAUUUAGCGAUAACAGUAUGAUUAAUACUCGUGUUUUCACUGGUAUAUCACCGCAAAUUUACCAUCAAACCUCUUUGAUCAGACACCUGUUUUUGUGGCUGGAUUGUAGACCUUGUGGCAGGUGUAGAAAUGCCUGGAAACCCUCGAUAUCCUUAAUAUCCUUAAAAAGGAUAAGCUUUUGAAUGUUAAAAAUUUAAAUGAUAAAGCUUAUAGAUAAACUAUAUUUUACAUAGUUAUGAACCUCUGAAGAGCCUCUUAGAUUCAUACGACACAUACUACACAGCAUCCUCUUUCCUUAGGCCCCAGAUAGGGAAAAGCCACCAAAAAUAGGUCAGUCUGAACUUGUUACAGAGCACCACAGAGACACAAUGGGGUCAUGUAAAGGCAAAGAGAAACAAGCGCUUCUUUAUUUUUUCUCUGGAAAACAUCAGGAACAGUGAUUCAAUAUUUUAGCGUCUUUAUUAGGCCAAGAAAGUGCAAUAAAUCAACACAAAACCCCAGAGCGAGAGCUUUCUCUUAAGGAGAAAUAGCCUGCUGCAGGAUUAAUCAUGUUCAUAUAUUAAUAUUUUUUGACCGCAGAAAAGUACAUGAAUGCAUGACAACAAAUAAGCAGCAAGGAAUCAAGUAUUUGUCUGUCCAGAUUUGUGAUUUCGUUGCAUUCUGGUUUUGUUGAUUCAAUAUUAUGGCAACUUAUUAAAGAAAUAACCCUAGACUUUUAAGGCAUCACAUUAUCGACUUGACGAUGGAUGAAUUCAAACAUGUUUAUUGACAUUUUUCAUCAUUACUUUAGACAUCCACUUCUUUCUCAUCCUCCAAAAAGGACCAAGAGAGCAACAUAGAUGUAAAAUGAUCAGACUAGGAGUCAUCCUAACACACUGAUAAUAUGUGAGUCAAAUAUCGGCAUCUAUAAUUUUUUCUUCUAUGAUCAAAAACUUGUCAUUUUUGCGAACUUCGAUUUAUCCGCACUUUUUUAAAGGGUCAUAUCAGGCCAUGGGAAAUUUUGAUAUCAACCGUUUGUCGCCCUGUUUAAUGACUUAACAUCCUUGCAGCUCUGCCAGAGUGUUCCCCAUAGAGUGUAAACUGUUUAAAAUAAUUACCAGAGAUGGGCAUAGACUUGUCCCUACCGAUAUCAACAUCCCAAAGGCUCUUUUAUAACAUUAUGCUCUCCUGAGAACAUUUAUUGCUAAUUGAAUCACAGCUGGUUUACUGAUUAUCUAUAGCUAAUCCUAUAAAAUGCUUAACCCCCACUGGCCAGUCUCAGCCUCUCUGUAAGCAGUCAUUAGUUCUUCAUCAAGCUAAGAGAGAUUUCUUUUUAAUCUUUGAUGUUAAAAGUGGAGUUUUACUUCGGUUAAAAUUAAAAACCUGCACAACUGGAUUCAGAGCGACUUUGUGUAGAUAUUUCAGGGAUUGUCCCCGCCGUUGUUUGCACCCUGGCCUUAAGUGACUCGGUCCAACAAAGACGUCUUAAUCGUCUGUGCACAGUCAAGUUGGGGUAACAAUAAGUGAGCUGGUAUGUGCGUCGUAUCCCUGAAUAGCUUUCUUUACAGCUGGAGACGGUGAUGCUAAGAAUGUAAACGCAGCACGUUGACAGAUUUAUGGCCUCCUCAGCAGAAAAUGCUCUCGGCUCAGAGUCACCUUCAUGUGACUAGUAUACCUUCCCCAUUUUCUGCUACUGAGACCCGGAGCGUCUCAUCUAAUUCAGUCCACAAGCAUUCAGCUAAGUGAUUUCUGGAUGAAGAGUGCUUUUGAAAUGGCUACACAAGGAGAAAAAUCUGAUAUGCAGAGGUAUUUUAUAAGGCUGCACGGACGUCUCAUAAAACAACCUCAGAGAUUUUAGCGGUGGAUGAGUGAGUGGUGCAUAUUUCACCAUAUUGAGUUAUACAGAGAUGGUUUAUUACUCUCUCUCUCUUUAGCUCAUUUCAAUAAGAGUGGAAUAAUGAAACUGAAACACUUUGACAGCAGCAAAAACCACAGUUUCUAAGUGACUGUGAAGUAGAUUUUUCACUAAAAUCCUAUUCAAAAUCAACUAACCUGAUAGGAAAGAAAACAAAAACGGCGCCAGAAAAAGUGAAAAAGUCCCGCUGGGUCGACUCGCCGGUGUAAAUAUUGUGAGGCUUGUUGGGAACAUUUGCAGCAGGUUGUUUUAAUACUGACCCUCUUGCUGGCCCUGUAAAUGAGAGAUUAGUUGUCAGGACUGUUUGUACACCGGCGCUGCACCAGAGCUGGAAAAUGUUCUGAGCUGCUGAAGUGAAGAACAGAUCUGUGUUGUUUAAAUGUCUCGGUUUGUUCGGCUCAGGAAAGCUGCGCAGUGGAAAACAAUCAGUGUUCUUCUCCCUCGUUCUACCCUUCUUCUCUAUUAUUAGGCUCUCUUAUUGGAGAGGCCAAUCACCUGUUGUUAUUGUUUAUCACUGAAAAACAGGAAGAGUCAGACUCUUGCUGCUUCCUCGUGUUGCUCGUUACGCCACUUUAGGCGGGCGGACAAUGUGGUGCAGGCGACAGCCAGUGUCUCAUUGGUGCUGCCUCUUCAGAACUCGAGGAAGAUGUUUUGUUUUGAGAUUCUGCAAAAAAAAGUUUAAAAAGUUCUGAAAGUACUUAUUAUAAAUGAACGCAUGCAUUUAUCUGUCAUUUUUUAUUCGUAAGGCUUAAAGCAGAUUAUUAAAUAGUGUUAUAAUUAUCUUAUUUUUGAUAUAAAAAAUAUACUUCUAGAUAAACAGUGAAGUUAAAACAAGUGAAGAUUUGGUCUCUAAAUGACCCAAAACAGCAACAAGUAUCAAAAAUAAUGGCUUUAAAUGUCUUUUUGUUGUUAGCUGGACCAUGAAAAAACCCAAACUGGUUUAUUUAACCGCUAAUUAAAACAAGAAAUGCAGGUAAUUUUCAUCUUAUAGAAGCUCAAGCUACAAAGAUUUUCAGCUAAACUGAGCUUUAUAUUUAUUUUGCACCUUUUAUACAUACAAACAUGCUUCUCAAACAAAGGAAAAACAUAAAAUAAAUGAAGGUUUAAAAGAUCACAGAAAUAAAUCAAUGAAUAGACAAAAAAUAAAGAGAUAAAAAUCAAAUAAUAUGAUAUAAACAGUGUUAGGACAUAAGCAAUAACGCUAAAUAAUGACUUUUUAAUUGAUUUCUGUGAUGUAAUAUUGGAUCAAGUGCAAAAAAGAAAUGGAGAAAUAUAGAUAUUUUAAUAAUCCUGGACAAGGGGGAGGAGUCAGAAGAAGAAAAAGAAAAGAAAAUCUAAAUAUAUAUAUUUUUAUGUCUGAGAAAUAGGCAGUAAAAUGCUGCUACAAACAAAUAGCUGCUCAUAUAAACAUACACAGUAUCAUAAAUAUAAAGAAUAAACCUAUAAAUAUCGAGAAAUGUGCUUAGAAAAGUCAGAACCGUAAAAACAGCAACGAAUAAAAAGUUCUUUAGAGGCCAGAUAAGGUAGUAUUGUCGUUAAUUUGUACAUUAAUUAGAUACUGACCUCUUUUAUUGUGACAGUACAACAUAGUCCCACUAAAUAGUAGUAGAAAUAGCAACAGUAAGUUUACACUUACAAAUGUAACAUGAAUGAGAAAUCUGAACUUUUCUCCUCAUCCUCAAUAAAACACAUCAAUAAUUUAGUUUGUUAUUUGGACCUCAGAACAGAUGAAAGCACUUCAGGAGGUCGUGACCUCUCAGCAGAGGCGUCUCGAUUUAGUGGCCGGACCAGCAGCAACGCGGUUUCCUGUUACAGUUGUUAGGGUUUGUGUGUGACAGCUGUCAGCCCUGCAGCUAUGAAGAGGGGUGGCAUCAAACAUGUACGGCCGCCCAGCUCGGGAUGGGUCCUGACGUGUCAAAAUACGCCAGCUAUUCCCCUCCAUGUAACCUCCAGAGGCCCCCAGGAGGAAGGGAGGGGGGGGGUUAAGGGUGCGGGGCUGAGGGUUGCAGGGAUGGUCCCAGCUGUGGUGCUCUUCUGCUAAUGGCACUCAGGACAGAUGGCCGCCCCUCAUCCUCUGCUCAGUGUGAACGUGUGUGUGUGUGUGUGUGUGAGGCCUCUUUUCGACAGCAUGCAUUACAAUCACAAAUGGACUUUUAAACGGAGGUUUGCACACAGCAUUUGGAGUCAGGGAUCAGUUUAGUCAGAGAGAGACAGACUGAUUGGCCUCAGCGCGUCUGUUACUGGGACCAGCUCACAGAUCUGCUUCCUGGUUUGUUUGGAGCCCGAGGGUUUGAUUCACUGCGGCUCAGUUUGAUUGAUAUCAGAAACAAGUAAUCGGAUUGAUAAGUUUACGAUGCAGUUUUUCUUUUGAGGAAGGUUUCUGCCUGGAAGAGGACCACCAGAUGAAUGAUGGCUGCUGCUUCUUCUCAAGAAAAUAUCAGCUUUUAUCUGCAGACACAAGUUAUUACCAUCCAUCUGGAAACGGUUGUGUGAACCGUGAUUCGGUGCGCUGAUCUACAAGAUAAAUUUGCUGCCGUCUGAGCGCCAGGUGCUCUGCUUUUCCCUUUAUUUAUGAAGAGUUUUCUUUUUUCUCUUUUCACUCAAGAUGCUCGUCAGUGUUUAUGUUGAGUGUCUUAAUGAGUGCUCAGAUUUACAGGUGUACAGUAAGAAGCAUCAGGAGUGUGUAAUGAGUCCACACACAUUCACUGAGUAUGAUUAAGCCCAUUAGGACAGACUGAGAGUCCUCAGACUGGUGCGCCUCCAAACCUCUUUUUCUGCAUGUGUCAUACGUGGGACUGUGUGAUUUGGCUAAAAAGAUGAUCACGAUAUACUUUGUCAUAUUGUCCGAUCACGAUUAUUAUCACAAUUUUUUUUAUCUGUACUUAAAACUAAAAAAAUAAACAGAUAAAUAUAAAUAAGAUGUUAAAUAACUUUUCUUCGCAACAAUAACAUCUUUGGAGGAUGACUCAAAGUCAUGGCUGACAUCUAUUUUACGGCCCUCAGCUCCACGUUCGGUUACUCUGUUUACUUCUCCAGCAACUUACAGAAGUGAGCAGGAAAAGCUCGACUCUGAUUGGCUGUUGUGAUGCACAUUUUCGCCAAGUUUGAUCGAGUAGAUGAGCUCACAGCUGAUCACCGUGAUCUGACUGAAAUUUAUCCCGAUCAUAUAAUCGCCCAGUCUUAGUCAUACAGGAUUUAUCAGCGAUGAAGCAGCACGUUCAAGCGUAGAAGGAUUGUUUCAGCCGCUCCUGUAUCCGAGCAGUAAAGCAGAGCACUAAAUGAGUUGUGAAUGUAGCUUUCUGAAUGCAUAAUGUAUGUGCCAGUCCAUGCUAAAGGCCACACACAAGGCCACUGUGUGGGCUGUUGUGUGGCCCUGUGAAGAGUGCCUGUCACCAGUGACUGAACGUAUUCUUCCUCCAUUUCUAUGGUGCUAAGAUGUCCCUUUCCUCCUUCCCUCCCCUCUGACCAUAGUUCCUGUUUCAUAGUGAGGGGAAGCAAAGGUUUGCCGAUCAGCUGAUCAGGGAACCACUCCCUAACACAUGACACGACAGGAAAGCAGCGUGUUGGCUUCAUUUUUCUCCUUCUCGGAUCACGUAUCUUUUAAUAAACAGCACAGAGGAUCACAUGCUGCAUUUCUUCAGCUUCUUCAGACCUUAAAUCAAGCUCCACUCAUCCAAUCAAACUGUUUUAUAGCACCUGAUGUUACCGAGGUUGAACCCUGGAAAGCGUUUGAUCAGCAUGUUGCGUUCACUGACCCCUGAUGCUCCAGACUGCUGAAAAGGCAAAGGCAGAAAUGCAGAAAUAACACAAAACUCCCAAGUGUUUGGACUCUAUUCCAAGUCCAGCUUUACUGCUGUUUUGAGUCAACAUCAAUCUGAUCCAUUUAAAUACUGCCAGAUUCAAGUCUGACGUUGUUUUUGUUGCUCUGCAAAGCUUUAUUUACUCUCAAAUGUAAUCCUGUUCAAACAAGUCCGCAGAGAUUUGAAGUCAGGGCUCAUUAAAAGAAAUGAAUCAGACGCUGGAAUACCAAAGAUAUAAAAAAAAACGAUGCAUAUUCAAACCAGAGAUAAUGCUCUGCAGAAAUAAUCCUGACUGUGGAGCUUUAGCCCAGACAAUGAAACAUUCAUUCAGUCCAGCUUCCAAAUGCAUCUGUCACAGAGUUUAACAAGAACAAACAACACAGAGGCAUGAUCAGGGCACCGACUCCAGCUGUUCGUAAUCCAGUUAUGUGCCUGCCAGUGCUGUUCACAGCAGGACUCGUGGAGUCAGGCAUGUACGAGCCAAAUUUACCCCCUGAGGCUGAGAAUUUUUCUAGUUUCUGACAAAGAUGUGUUUUAAAAUAUAACCGAAGUUGACUCCCAUGUGUUGUUUCAAAUGAUCCUGUUUCCUUUUUUAAUGCUUUAAAUUUAGGGUAAAGUUCAGCCGUAAGUGAUGCAGUUAUUCAUUCACCAUGUUAUAAAUUAUGAGGGAUCACCUCAGUCCUCUGGGGUUUUUGUUGAUCCACAGUCUGCUGUCCUCAGCCAAGACUGAAGUCAGAGAUCCUCCCCUGAAUCCUCCCUCCUCCCUGGAGCAAACACAUCCCUAUAAAUAGAGCUCAGGGAGACGCAGGCCAGCAUCGGAAUGACAGGCAUCUGUAGUACAAACCCCAGACUCGCUCUGAGCAGCACUGUUGUUGUCCUGCAAACACGCCCUCCAAACCCCAAGUCCCAAUGUCAGAGCCGGUUCAGAACACGGACCCCCGAUGCCAUCUGUCAUCUCAGUUUUGCAGAACCGGCCAUUGGAUGUUUCCUUUCAUUACCCAGUUUUAGACCCUCGGGAUUUCAUCCGCUGCUGGUAUGCUGCUAUCCACAGAGGGAGAAGGUCAUGAAAGAAGUGUACCCGCGCAGUCCAGAUACUUUGAAUGGUUAUGUGUAAACACUCUGCAGAGGCUCUGUCAGGCCAAGAGCGAGGUUACACAACACCAAGAAACACCAAUUGUGUCAUUCUGUGUCUGGAAAAGCCCUGAAAACAUAAAAUAAUAACUGUCCUUUACUGAAUUUCAAAAUAAAAGCAUCAUUCUGGAAACAAGGGAAGUUCUCUGCAGUGAAAACAGAUCAGGGCUUUUGCUUUGGAAAGCAGUCUGGAUGCAACUUUACUAUAUUUUACAUGCAUUUGACAGAAACAUAACAAUAUUGAUGAUACUUUGAUUUGUAAUGCCCUUUACAUCCAAGGAUCUCAAAGGGCUACAUGUUAAAAACAAAGAAACAUCACAAAAAAGAGAUAUUGUAGCGAUUUUAAUUUAUCAGGGUUUUUCCUGGCUCAAAUUGAGGCAGAGGUGGCACCAUCCUGACCAUGCGCCACGACGUGCAUGUAUUUGUAAAUUCAACUGAUUCACUUUCUUUUACAGGCAACAUACUUUAAGUUAAGAGUUCAAAAAAGAGUGUGACCAUUAUCAUGUUAAAGCAUUCAUUUAUUAAAACUAUAUACAUACACAAAUCAGCUGGCAACUUUACAUUGAAAGUACACUUCAUCCACACAUCUCGCAACCAGACAGAACAUUUCAGCCUCCUCUUUUUCAUUCUGUAGAACCUCCUCAUGCACUCCUUGUAGUCCAAGGUCUCCUGGUCUGGUCCAUCAACGGCCACCUUACAACAGACAUCCAAGUGCCUCUCCUUCAGUCUGUUCCACAGAGGUGUCUUCACCUUAAACAAAACAAUUCAUCAUGCAUUAAGUAUUUUUGUUUUUAUUCUGAUACAGACAUGAAGAGUGAUAGUGUUUUCAAUCAUAUAUUAUAUAUAUGUAUACGCUGCAGUGUUCUCCCUAAAAAAAAAACGACAACCAAUUAUUUCUUAAACUAUCUAAACUAUGUUAUUUUAGUUUUUGUAACUUUAUUAGUUGAGUGUUUUUAGGUACUACCAUCUUUAAUAUACUUCUCCUUCUCUUCUGCUGCUUUGUGAAUGGCUAUCACCUCAUGUCUUUUUAAUGUGUCCAGCCUGUAGUUGGUUGAUGGCUGUCUCACUAAGGAGGCAGCAAUUGCCUGCUGUUUUGGGGCACAGUGCUUUUGGCAUAAAUAGCAGUGCAUGCCUUCCUCAGUAUGCCUGAGCCAGGUAAAUUGAUUGAGCCACUGCUUGUCAAAGCCACUGGCUCUGUGUUUUUGAGAAGAUCUGGAAAGAGGAAUAAAAACCACGUACACGUCGGCUUGCGUUGUUAUGCUCCUAAUUGGAAACUAAUUAAUUAAUUACCCUCGCCUCGCCGACUCGUCCUGUCCUGCAUUCUGACCCUCGCGAUCACCAGUCCCUUGUGAAGUACUUUCAGACCUGACACAAAUUUCCACGUUGUCACCAACAUGAAUUAUAGCAUUUUAACUGCCUGUUACGUUUUUUCUCUGCUGUGUUUCACCUGGACUCUUGACUUUCCUCCUCGCGAGGUCGCUUUUUAAAGUACUGGCUGAUUUUGCCUGUCAUAACUGCAACGCUAAAAACGGAGUAAACUUUUUUUUUUUUAAAUAAACACGACAUGCUUGGAUGCAAAAAAGAGAAGCAGUAUUUACCUGUUUGUAUCAUCCGCCAGGGAAAAUCAGGACGCCGACAGCACCAACUAGCGGGAAAAAAAACUUGAAAAAACAUGAUUCGAUCCGUUUCUUCUUCGGUAGAUGCUUCAGGUCUUUCCGGUGCACUGCUGUUGAUAUAGCGCCUCUAUAGUGGCGCAACGCUGCAACUGCAGUUAAAAUACGUUGCUGCUGCAGAGGGACAUCAAUCGCUCAAUCAACACAGCUGGAGCUUUACGCUGUGUUGAGCGAAAUCAAUCACUCUGGCUGGGGGCGGCACAAAAUUAGGUGGAGGCGGCCGCCACGCAAUUUUGAACGCAGGAAAAACCCUGUUUAUGAUAAAUAUCCUAAGAUUAAUAUUUUAUAAUAAUCCUAAAUUAUGACAUUUAUUAUAAAUUUAAUCGCUAUGUAUCAUUUUGGUGCCCUGUGUGAGGCAUUAAUGAUAUUUGAGAUGGUCAGUGAUGGAGUCAGUUUAAAAUGUAACAAGAACCUUUCCUGCGAGGGAUGUGUGAGUUUCACACACAGGGUUGUCUUGGUGCUACAAUGCAAAAACAUGAUAUAGGUUGAAACAAGAAAAACAUCUCAUUGAAGGAGAAGUAAAAACAAGAUAAACUGUUUUAAGAGAAGAUAAAAUGUUUAAGAAAAUAAUGUAAAAGGGGAAGCCGAAUGUUUUACUAAAAAGAAAUGUCUUAAAUCUGAAAUACAGCUGAUAAGGAGCCUCAACUUUCUGUCAAAUAUCUGUGUAAGACUAUCAAACAAAAAGUGAGGUCAGACCAGAAGAUUUAACACACUCUUUCUCAUGACAAAUUCAGUUCAAAUCCUUUUAAUAUUGAGUUAAAGAAAGAUAACCAAAGCAAACAGGAUGUGGGGGAGAAAUCUGGAAAAGAUUAGUAUAAGGGUUCAGACUGCAUGACUGCUUUCUACCAUCGUAAACAAAAUAUCUUAAUGUAUUAAAGCCUCUAUUUUCUGACAUUUAACAGAGCAGACGAAACAGUUCUUGUCACACUAAUUGGAAAUAAAAAUGAAAUGUCGUUAAAGCUCAAGGCAAGAGGGUUUUCAAGAAGACGACGUGGGAUAUCAUGUAGAAAAUGUGGACGUCAGUGCAGCAGCAGGAGUAUCAGCACUCUCCCAUUAUCAGCAGCUGACACUCCCAAGAUUACUGAGAACAGGACUGGAGCGCACAAUAAGCCACUUAGCAUUUAUUUCACUUUUUAUUCUUCUGUCAAACAAUAUCCACAUCCACACAUCUACAUCAGAGGGGAGCUUAUCGCCACACAGAGCCGAAAGCGACACUAGAUCAAUUCAUAGCAAGUCAGCUGACUCAUCUACUUUUCCUUUUUCCUCCCACUCUCAGCGUGAUUCACCAUGACGACCGAAACAGGCGCGGACUCGGAGGCCAGGCAGAACAAGGAGACGGAGAAGGGGAAAGCCAAAGCAGCCGAACCGACCUCACCUCAGAACCAGACGGAGCUGCCUGCCGCCGCUGGACACAGCACCCCGGCCAGGAAAGAACAGGUCAGACCCUUCGCAACCUCUCUCUGCACAGAGAGGAUCCAGCAGCUGUCAGCGAGGAAACACACACUUCAUCUGAGGUUGUUUCUCUCCUGUUAACACUGUACAUACUCCUUUAGAUAAGACUCCACUCUGAGAAAACAUCACACGCCAUUCAGCCCACUCCUUAAUGAAUGAAUCGUGCCUUUGUGUGGAAAAAUGGAAAUGAACGAGAAAAAUCCUGACGACAUGACCUCAGUGCUCUCAAUGGCGGUUACAGCCUGACUUCAAAUGCCUCCAUUAAUCAGUCAGGGCUUUUAUUUUGGGAUUGUGGUCAAACACAGACCAAGAAACCCCCACCAACCAAGCGUGGGUGUUUUCAUCCCCUGCAUUACGUCUGCAGAUUUCAGUCAUUAGCAUAACUUUUCACAGCUGUGGGAAAGAAUGAGUAAAUUGAGCUACUGCAUGUGGGUUAUAAUCAGACAAGUCAGUUUGGUUUAGAAAAUGUAAAAUUUGAUAAUAAUUUUGUCAAAUUGCAUAAAUCAAAAGUCAUGAUCCACCGUCAGGGAUGGGAACUUGAGUAAAGAGUAAAACUCGUCCAGUUCAUCGUCUUUUGAAAGCAGUGAUCUCUGUCAGGUGGUGGGUUGUAGCCCAUAGCCGGAUCAUUUUAUAUCUGGGACAGUCCACAAAUGUUAUCCGAACACUAAGUGCUCCUCUGCAGACUUUAGCCUCCAGCAGCCUCGGGGCCUGCUUUCUAAUCGAUCUGAAGAUUGGAUUUCCAGCGCCUCCAAACUGCAGGUGGAGACCGUCUCGGACUAAAGCACAGCCUGGCUUAUCCCCUAAUUUACUGGUUGAAGGAAAAACUGUGUGACUAGCUGUGCAUGCAGACGGAUUCGGUCCUCAGUAUGAUUCUGGAGACGAAUCAGUCCCCAGACACUAAAUUGUAGUUAGUGAGAUUUGAGGUCUGAAAACUAGCUGGGAGCAAAAUGAAAGAGAAAAUAGUUUGAAGGUGGAGAUGAAAAAAAAGUUUUAAAAAGUUUCAACUAAGAUUUGGUUAAUAACCGCAUUAGAGAAAGGAUUAGCUCUAAGCUGCUCUGUUUUAUUAUUUUUAAAUUUAAGAAACAUUUCAGGCGUUUAGCUUAUCUUCUUAUCUGAGAGUUUAGUUAAAGAUCCAUUCCAAACAUGCAGGUUUUUACUGGUGAAUAUGAAGGAAUCAGAAGGCCAAAGUCAGGACAGCCAUCUCCAGACAGGCAGAAGAAGCAGAGCCGCUUUUAAGAUGUUUAAAACUUUCAUGAUCCGCCACGUGAUAGAGCAUGAAACUCUUAUUUGAGCGCGGUGAUGCUGAUGCUAACAACCCCACUGACCCAGCAGUGCAGCUUUUAUCACGAUGUGGAAAAAAUGGGGUGUUUCAUGAGGAAGAAGAAACAGAGCGUGAGUUUAUACGUGAAUCAUCGGCGCCGUCAUGGGCCGUGAUGAGAGAGCAGCGGAGGCAGAGAGAGAGAGCGGAGGGAUGGAGGGCAGUGUAGCACAAAAACAGAAACAUGAUGGACUAUUUAGGGAAUAAAUGUAGGUAAAGGUAACCAUCCAAAAGGUCAGUGUUUCCUCAUAUCAUUUCGCACACAAAACAAUAGAAAAGUAGUCAAAAAGCUCAUUUUCACUUUGAUUCUUAUUUUCAUUACACUUCACAGCCAUGUUAGUAGUGCUGGGAGUCUGCACGCAGGCUUAGUGCUGUCUCAGUCUUGAAGCUAACGUGACUAACUCCGAGUAUGUUUAAAGGACAUAUGUUACUAUCAGGGCUGAGCAAUAUGAGAAUUGACAAAUAUCAGGAUAUAUCUGUAUUACUAUUACAUCUCUAUAAUAUGAAAUCUCUUCUGAAUUACUAUAUGAGUUUUGCUCUUUGGUACCGAGAGUGACACCAUUAUAAUGAUUGAAAUAACCCUUUAAUUGGAUUUUUUUGGUCAUUUGCAUGUAAAAAAAGACAAGAUCACAGUCAACUUGAAUGAGCUUGAUAUUUCAAACCGGGCAGCAUUUAAUAAAUAAUGGCAUGACUUCAUACAGGGGAGGGAUCUCAAAGACUUUUAAUGAAACUUCGGAAACUCUGGUAAAUUAUACAACACAGUAGAAGGACUCUAUCUAUCCCUAAAGGUAAAUUAACUUGUCUGGCGUCUCGGAUAAACUGCAGAUAAACCAAGUUAUGAUCUAACCUCCUGAUAAUAUUACAAUUGCUUCAGGAUGUUGAGUCUGUAUCCUAGCAACAGUAUUAUAAAAAACAUCACACGAAACUUCAGCCGUUGCCUUUGGUGGGAUGAAGUUCUGUGUAUUAUUAAUAUUUCCAAACAUUUACAAGUUCUCCUGUCUCCUGAGUUGGUCUCUAGAUGGCAUCUCGUUCACCCGUAGACUUACUAAAGCUAGUUCAGCUUCAGGUACAGCUGAGGCUGAUGGAAAUAGUUCCUUUUCAUUUUUGAAGUUUGAUCAUAAAGACCAGAAGAAGAUCCUGUAUAUACAGACGUCUGCAGGUGAAGCAGUGUAAAGGAAAAACAUGAUUUACUAACUUGUGUCUCUACAGUAAAAUCCUGAUCUGGAGGGAGAAUAAAAGAAAAAAAUUCAAACUUAUACAAGAAAAUACACAUUUAUCAACAGUAAAGGUUUCACUGAAAACAAUAUAAAACCGACGUUUAUCUUUGACAGCAGUUUCUCGUAGAUACAAACUGGAUUCCUCGAGAGCCACUCCCAUAAACAAUAGAAAUUUUACUUACUGUUUUAUAAAAAUGUAAGUUUCCUUGCUUUAAUGUUCUUUCUAGAGGAGUUUGUGGCAGAUUUAGCUGUGCCUGCAGAUUGAAAUCAGACCUCUUACUGUAAAAAUGUGGUGCAGCAACACCUUAUACUUCUGUGGAGGUAAAAUAUCCCCUCUGAGGAAACAGAAACACAAAACUCUUCCUGUCAGAUUACACUCAUAAUUUUUCCCUGCCAGUAUCUCACCCUACAUCUGAAACACUGAAGGUGUUACCUGAUAAUUGAAUCCACAUUAAUUUACCCGAAAGCAGAUUUACAGUAAACAGCCCUCAUUAGUCAUUGUGGAAAUGAUGGAUGAGGCUCUGCUGCUGUCAUGUCUGUGUGAAGUGAGAGGAACACGACCGACAGAAAUCACAGCAACUUGACAAAAACACUGUCAGAGCUGAGGGGGGCGAAUGUCUCCAGGCAGCAGGAGUUUCAUCUAUCAGUCCCAAAAUUAUUUCUAAAAAAACUGUAAUUCUCAGUCUUGGUCCACUGGGAGAACUGGUCUGCUCCAGCUUUAGUAGAAAGGCUCACUGUGAGGGAAGAAACCCGAAGACCAGGAUCAAAAUUUCAAAUAUCAGGAAUAAAAAUCCACUUAGAGUUUGAGUGAGCAGGAAAAGAGCUGUUUCUGUGCCAAAUGCCUCUUUUUCAGCGUGAAGUCAGUCAGGAACAGCUUUGUUUUCAUCCAAGUGGAAAAUUGGAUUUUCUCUGUUGAAGACAAAAUGGCAGCACACCUCCAGCUCCUCUCAGUGGGACCCGAUUACAUCCACUCUGGGUCCCAGCCUCUAUUUUUAGGUUUCAGGUUUGUCAUGUGACAGAACAAGCUGGUUUUGUCAAAGACGGCUACAUUAAGAAACUGACGUUCAGGGGCAGAUGGAGGGAGUUUGGGUUUUUCGUGUGAACCCUUUCAACCUCCGAGGUUUUUAAGAGCUUUUACUUCCUUUAUACAGAGACAUCUCCUUGUAGGAAAAACAGACACAGCUCCAGCGCAGGAUUAUGUCACAGUGAUUUUCGUUAUCAACACACAUUUAUUUGAUUCAUUCCUGCUUAGUGACUCUCUUUUAUAUCUUCCAGGAGCCGCAGGAGGAGGACCAGACUUCCCACAGGUCAUCCACCAGUCGCCUGUCCAGGUCUCCUUUGAGAGGAGUGAAGAAAGUGAAGAUGAUGCAGUGUAAAAUCACCCUGCUGGACGGCUCCGACUACACACUCACUGUAGAGGUGAGAGGCUGCAGGUGUUGCUUCCUCAGUAAUCCAGUUCCUGAUCUAGGACCCAAAGUUUGUCGCAUAUUAAACACUCGGAUAGUUUGCAUGUUUCAGAAAGUGAAAAGCUGUAGUUUCUUUCUAAAGUUUAUCUAAAAUCUCUCUCCUCUUUGCAAAGUUGUUUGAAAUGAAACCAAAGCGACUUUAUCUUUUGGGCUUUUGAAUUUCCUCGCAGCUCUGAUGCAGCACUAAUGAUUUCUGCCCGAGUCUGUAAUAUCUAUAAUCAGAUCAAGACCGAAAAGUCUGAGAUUGUUCCUUUAAGUAAUUUGAUCAGCGAUCUUUAGUUAAUUGUUGAUAGAUGAAGACAGUUUUCAUUACUCUCUUUUUCUCUUUUCUUUCUCUCUUCUUUUUUUCUUACUGGCAAAACUUUGUAAUAUGUCUGUGGUGAUCCUCCUGUAAUAUGAUCCGUAAUGCAGCUUUUCUAAUUUUUGGUGUAGUUAAGCUAACCUGAUUUGAAGUUUGAGGUUUUUUAUAUUCAGUUCAGUUUCAUUUUAUCCUAAAAAUCACACUAGAUGUGCUUUUCAGGGGAUAAAACGAAAUACAUACAAAUCAAAGAUCUAUUUUAUCAUAUCUGUUGACAAAGUAAACCUUUUCUGCAGAUUCAUGUUGUAAAAAUCAACUUAUUCAGAAAGCUAAUCGUCAUGACUCUAAAACUAAGCAGUUGAAACAUACAGUCCAUGCUCCUAGAUUUGAGUCCUCACUCUCUGCAGCCAACACUUCCUGUCUCACUCCAGCUGUCUAAUCUAACAAAGGCCGAAUCCAUUAACCAACAUGGGGGGCUUUAAACUGCAAGUCACCAUCAAAACAUCUCGAUUAGUUUGUCCAAACUUCGACACUUUGAUACUGCAUGUCCAGAAGAGAAUCUAUCUACUUUAUUUCUACAUUAGAUAAUACUGAAAAGUGCUGAAGCUUAUGACAAAUACACCUUUUUUUCCAUUAAUAACACAUUUAAAUGAUCUUUGCUUAUGUGAAUAUGUAUGGAUUGAUCAUUGAUGAGAUGAUAAGAGAAAUUAGGGCUGGGCAAUAAACCGAUAAUUCACUGAUACCAAAAUUUAUGACCAUAACCGACGUCAUUUUGCAUAUCUGGGUAUAUCGGUAUAUUCAGUGUCAAAAUAAAUAAAAGUUGGUUUUGGGUGUGUGUAGUUAGGCUAUGGUCUCAUGUCCCUUUAAGACAUUGUCUUACAUCAGAGACGUGACUCCACCCCAUCCAGUCCGUAACAAAGAGGGAAACACAGGUGAGGAGAUGGAGGACGGUUCAAAAGUUGAAGCGGCUGAAGUAGAUGAAGUUAAUGUGGGAGGGGAUGAGCAGCUUGUGGAGUAGUUAUCGUCCAUUUAUAGUUAUUGAGGUGAACUGCUCAAUAUAUUGUGAUACUGAUUUGAGGCCAUAUCACCCAGCCCUAAUAUGUAAGAGUAUUUUCUGGUUUCAUCACACGGAGCCUAAUAACGUCCAUUUCCAGCUGCAUCCUGGUAUUUCUGUCCAUCAGUCUCAUUGUGUAAAAGCAGAAAUAAACCGUCUUUUUCUUUUUCGACACCCCAUCUUAGAAGUAGGGAUUUCACGGAUUCCUCCGCACAUUUACAUUUGCUUUGUGUGAAAUUGCUUUGUGGAAUUAGUUCCCCCUGAAAGCCUUUCUGCAUAGUCUUAAGAGAAAACAAAUUAUUCAUAUAGCACGUCUUAAAUGUGAAGUUCUCACAUCAAAGCUCUCGGGCUAUCCAGAAAUAAACCCGCAGAGGACCAGAGAGCCGACAGAUGAGGGGAAAACACGUGUCUUUGUGCUGUUAAUGUGCAGCGCCUAACAACGCUACCCCAGCAGAGCGGCGCGGCUGUUAUCAUAAUGUAGAAAAAUUGAAUAUGGAAAUGGGAUGUUUUUGUGCGGAGGAGAAGUGGAGCACGAGUCGGUUGUUAAUCAUAAUGGGUUGGAGUGAGAGGGGAGGUUGGAGGGUUCAGCGGGUUCAUGAUUUUCUCAGCUGGACAACCUGAUGAAAGAGAGAGACAAAGCUGAACUGUGUUCAACCUAAUUGAACAAGAUGAGAGUUGUAUUAGCCGAGAUAAAGUGUGGUCGUUCAGCAAUCGGUCUGCCGGGUCUCACAAGGAUUUGUUGGACUUUUUUUUUUGAGUUUCUCAUCAGGUUUGGGUGUUUUUUUUUUUCUCCCUCACAGCUUUAUGUUGCCUCUAAAGGAGAAAUUCUAAUUAUAUGCACUUUUCCAGUAUGCAGAAAUAACCCAUCUCAUGCAAACCUUCAAUCAGUCCAGGAAAAAGUGAGUGUCUGCGCUCCACAUCAUAAUAAUAACUGCUUUCUGCCAUCAACAGCCGCUCUUUCUCUCCGAUCAUUAAACAUUCAGGAAUAAAUCCCUGCGCUGAGCGGAUCUGACAUUUUACUUCACAUACUUCCCGCUUAGCAACAGAAAGUGGAGCCUUUCCUCGAAGUUAAAAUGUAUGCAGGCUGUAAAGGGACUUUGAGACCCUCCUCUUCCUCAAAUCUUCUUUUGAGCAGAUUCCUCCUCACCAGGGGUUUGGAUGGAGGGAUUAGCCGGCUGUUUUUUUCUGCAGUGGUGAGGAGGUGACCGUGAAAUGGGAGCAUUUGUUUGAGGGAAUCAGUGUCAUUGAGUCUCUCUGUGUGUCGGGGUAAUUAGGACGGAUUUUUAAGGACAAUGAUCUGGAAGUGGGAGGAAGUACGGACUUCUUGGCCUUGAGACAGAUGCACACCAUGUGUUUCUAAAGUGCUAAUUAUUAACUUAGAAAACGAAAUGCACUUAUAGUCAAGUUUUCAUUUAAAGCUACAGUAAAGAACUUUAAUUUUAGUCUUUUUUGCUCCUCUGUGGAUAAAACAGUCUGUGAUUAGUCUGUCUUUUGUCAAAAAUGUCAUCCUGCUGACUUUUAACAGUCAAAUGUUUCAGUUAUUGUUAAUAUUUUAUGUAAAAACAGAGAUGGCUAAGGCGCUCAGCUGACACCUACCCCCUUGUGCCAGAUUCAGGCCCCAAAAAUUAUGAUAUAUAAACAUUCAAACUUGUCACUGAUGGUCUUAUUUGCUUUGUUGUACCAGAUAAAGACUUUUAAUUUGAUUUUCAGUCUGUUUGAUUGAUGUUAAAAAAGUCCUCACAGGAGCUUUAAGCUACACAUUCAGGCUUUAUUGAGUGCAUAAUAUGAAAUCAGGAGUCAAUCUGAACAACAUGAACUAAUUUGGAUCCAGAUCCACUCUAACUGUUCCUCCUGCUUUAUAUCAAACCUUGUAAUGUAAUUGAAUCUUUUCUGCAGUAUCAUGGACAAAAUUACAUCUCACUGUAUCUGCUCACACAGUGAUCAUAUCUAAAUACAUUUAUGAAGCUUUAUUCCUGCAGGAUUAAAAAAAAACUUUAAAAAAGAGUGAGAAAAACUCUCUGUGGGUGCAGGUUGGAGCUGUUCAGGCUGUUUACUUAGAUGUAAAUUAUUUAAAUCCUCUUUCCUUGUCUCUUUUAAACUCCAUGAGCCACACCUUCUCUUAAAAAAGGCCUUGAUAUGGAGUUUAACAGGCUCCUUCAAACUGAGUGUUGUAAAGUAAACUGAAUAUGAUGUUUAUAUUUUGUAUUUAAUCAAACAGCACUGAAGUCUUGAUGGUUAAUAUCCUGUCAUAUCAAUAUUAUCAAGUACGGCCUCCUUAAAAAUGUCAGAGUGCUAAUUUUUAAUCAAGGAGGUAGACUUUGGAAUCACUAAUGAGACUUCAGUGAAAAUCAGUGAUUGCCUUUUCAGCUCUUGAGAGAAAAUGAUGUUUGAAUAUCCUGAAUAAGCAGUGUUAUAUGUACUAGAAUCAGUGCAGGUAAAACUGAUGAAUCUAAUCCAGUCCCUCGAUCAGCCUUGAAAGUUUGACGACGCUCCUCACGGGUUCAGUCUUGUGUAAUUAACUUGACUGAUUAAGCUAAUCUCAGUAAAUGGCGUUGAUGUCUUCAGUGUUACACAUCACCGGUGUGUGUUUGUGUGUGGUAGCAACUGUGGAGUAAUGAAUCACAACGUCCCAUCUGUUUACUACGCUUUAAUCUUUGUGCCCUGCCCCCAUACCUCCAGGACCUCCAGGACUGAGGCCUCUUUGGCACAAGUCCUCACUUCCUAAGACCCAGGCACAUCAGAUGAGAAACAUACUUAAAGCUGAACUUGGAUUAAGAUGCAUUUAGAUGGUCUGUGUGCAGAGGGGUGCACAGAAAGAUGCAUAUAAAGUUGGAUUAUUGAGCCACCUGUGCAGAAAACGUGAAGGUUCCCAAAGUUAAGACACAUUGAAGCUUCCAGUGUCUGUAUUUAUCAUCUUAGACUCAUUUUACAUUGUUUUGCCAAUGCUAAAAGUUUAACACAAGGGGUGUCCCAAUACUUUUUUUUUUACUUCUGAUGUGACACUGAUAUUGUAGCCCUCAGUAUUGGCCCAUACCGAUAUUGAUCUGAUAAUUGUGAAUGACAGGUUUUGCACUCAGCUACAACGUCUUUUUCGGACUUGAACGAAAAAUACUGCCACACGGCUGACAUCACUCCUACUUGUUUCUUGCUACUUUGUUUGUGAUUCUUUGCACUGUUGUUGUGAUCACGUGAGCUCUGCUUGCUGGAUUCUUGGGCUGCUAGAUAGAGGUCCUGGAGCAGAGUCUGGAUAGACUGCUUGUAUCAGAGUGCUGAUAUCAGAGAUUCGAAUAUUCUUUUUUUUGUUUGUUUGUUUUGUUUUGUUUUGUUUUGUUUUUUGUUGUUGUUUUUUAGCUGAUAUCGGACCAAUAUCCAAUAGGGGUGUCCCGAUACGAUAUUGAUAUCGGAUAUCGGUCCAAUAUCAGCAAAAAAACGGAUAUUGGAUUAUAUCGGCCUGCAUCUAAAAUCUCCGAUAUCAGCACUCUGAUACAAGCAGUCCAUUCCAGACUCCGCUCCAGCACUUCUGUCUAGCAGCGCCUGGAUCCAGCAAGCUGAGCCCUCAAAAUCACAACAACAGUGUGUACUAAGGUACUAACAAAGUAGUGAAGAGUAGGAAUGAUGUCGGCCUUGUGACAGUAUUUUUCAUGAAAGUCCGAAAAAAACAUUGCAGCUGAGUGAAAAACUUGUCAUGCACAGUUUUGUGCCAAUAUCAGAUCAAUAUUGGUGUCAGUCAGUAUUGAAGGCAACAAUAUCGGUAUUGUAUCGGAAGUCAAAAAGUUGUAUCGGGACACCCCUAAUAUCCCGAUAUCGGACCGAUAUCCGAUAUCAGUCUGGGAUCGGGACAUCCCCAUGUAAACAUCUGAAAAUUAAUUUAGGGGUGUACUUUUUAACCGAAGGACAAAACUCCUGUUCAGUAUUUCUAAGAGAUUCCUGGAAUAUACAACCUUUUCUCUGAUUUAUUUCAGUCCAUGAGUUUAUAAUUGAUGCCUUAUUGAUUUUCUUAUUGAUGUGCUCAGAGAGAAUGACCGCCAUGAACCUCACUGCUUUUUUUAUUAACUUUGGCGUUGUCUCUGCUAGUCUCUUUUGGCCAACAUCUUCUCAUAUCACCGUUUUUUAUCUCCUUAUUAGAAGAAUAUAUUGGCAUAUAUGAAUGUGAUUUGGUCAUGUUGAUGUCAAGGGUCACUGCGGAUGUUCAUAGUCUUCGUUUUCUUUCUUUGGGAUGAAUCAUCACUAAUAAAAUUUUAAAGGGAGCACCGACUCCACUGCAGGUUUGAUUGCAGAAUAAUGGAGGAAGAAUUACGAUACACAAAUGCAGGCCUGAUAGGGACACUUAGGAACAAAGCAUUUGGGCUGACACAUCCACACGCUGUCUGAGUGGCUGUCUGAGUAGCUCUUGUCUGUUCUGCAAAAAGGUCGUGACAGAGUCAGGCGCCUUUUCAGAAAGAGCAGAUUUCCAAAUCAGGCAGCAUUUAUGCGUGGAGAAAGACUCUGCUAACACUGCUGAAAUGCUGAUAGGUGAACAGUAUUCACAAUCAGAGGAACAAUGGCUCUGCUUUAGUCUGAACGGGGUCAGUCUCACACCCAGACUGAGAAGUUUUUUUUUAAGAUGUGAGUUUGAAUAAGAAGCACAAAUGGAAACUUGGAGUGGCUUCAUUUCACUGGAUCUUUAACCGUCUUUAUUUGCUUUUAACUUCAGAUCAUAACUUUGAGAACUUGCGAAACAAACUUUACAGUCCUGAGAACAGAAGAGGGUUCCUUCUCCAAAAGCAGCAUUUAUGGAUGUUAUGUGACAAGAUUGAAUGCAUCUUCACCCAUAUUUUAUCAGGAGUUUCAUGUCGGUGUGCAAAGAUGGUUUCUUGACAUCCGAGGUGACAUAUCAGAUCACAUAAAAUGACCUGUUACUAAAGGAUAAUUGAGAAUACAUCAGUUAAAAACUAAUAAACUUUUUAAAGUAGAAACUUAAGGUCAAGAUCAGUCCUUGUCAUGUAAAAGAGAAAGCAUGUGUUUUCCCAGAAAUAAAUCUCUAGAGUCUGUUUCCUAAAAAGCAGUUUUGUCUCGAUAUUUCUGGUGAUCUCAUAAAAAAAAGCUCAUCCUAAGAAAACAAAAUAACUACAUAAUGAGAAAAUGUAGCACAGAGUUGCUUGAAGUUGAUAUCCCAGGAAGGUAGAUUUUGUUAAAAGGAAAAACAGAAUAAUUUAAUCUGAAAUUUGCGUUGAUUUUGCAUGAAAAUCAACAACAAUCACAGCUGUUUAAUCCUCUGUUUGUUCGAGACAAUGAUCAGAUGAUGAGGAGUUUUCAAAGCUAACACGAUUAGGAUCAGUCAGUCAGUUAGAGUGAUGCUGUACUUAAGUCUGGGGAGGCGAGGACACACAGAUAAAUUACCCUUUCUAGCUCACAGACUUGAAGAAAUCAGAUGUAUGGAAGUGUCCUUACAGCAGAGGGUGAAAUACAGCAGACAUGAGCUGUGCUGUUAAACGCAGAGGUACAACUGAGGUCAGAGGAUCCUUCAGAUGAUUGCCAGGACUCCUCCUCCUUCUCCUCCUCCUCUUUCUUAUUUAAAAAACGGCCCACAAUGUCAAGAUUUGACAUUUUUAUCCCCCUGACCUUGUAGUUUUCCAGCCCGACUCUGUUUCCUCCCAUGGGAGGAAUGACUGUGCUAAUCGUUUCCUAUCGUUUUCUGAGGUGCAGAACUGCUGAAGGCCCCCUGCUUCACCUCAGAGGGUGUUAAAUUUUAGGGGAAAUCCGGCGUCUCGCUGUUUUCUUAUUGAUGGGACGUGUUUUUAUUUAUUUAUUUUUUUAAAUCCUUCAAGUUUAGGAGUGAAUAUUCAUCUUUCAUGUUUCUCAGUGUGAUGGCAAAUCAGAGCAGUCAUGAGUUUCAGUCCUGAUCUGAACCUUUGGUUUGUAGAUGCAUCUUUCAGUUUAUUUAAUUUGAGUUAUUGUGAAUCUUGUUUCACCUCCUGCCACAGUUUUUCCUUUUUAUAUCUUUGGUGUUGUCUUGUCUGUAAUUUGAGAUCAUUUCCUUCUGCUUUCAUUCUCCCAAACAACCCCUGGGGGGGAGAUAAACUACAGGUUGGAUCAGUCAGCAUCUAACAUACAAGUCUGCAGCUGAGUCUAAAUGGAGCUUUGACGAUCCCAGCCUUUCAUAGAUGUGCGUCUAAAGCCUGAGUUACAUGUUUGUUGUGAAGCUUCUGUCACUGAAAUGCAGCUCUGCUGUGACAUGACUCUUGCUAAUUCCCGCUGAGUAGCGUUGGUAGGAUUAACUCUCCUCCAUCAGAGGCUUUAUGGCUCUGCACAAAUCACGCAAAGACUUCUCAGCAUGAAAAAUGACAUCAGGGUGGGGUCGUAUAAAUAUACAACCGAGGCUGUAAACUUUUAGCCUCUCUGUUACUGCAACCCCGGAUUUUUAGAAAUAUUGAUUUAUCAGCUGAUCGAUGGAUAAUUCAUCUUAUAAAAUCUGAAAUAAGUUGAAUUUUGAUGUCUUGUGAGGAUAUUCAGUGGAGGUGCUUGUGUGUACUUCUUUCUGUGUGCACACAUUUACAGGGGGUUGAAAAAGGACUAAGUCUCAUGUCUCUUUCUGGAGAUAAUGAAACUUUAAAACAUGACCUUAUCUCUCUGAGCCGGUAAAUCACCCCUUUUGUAAAAACCCAAAGAUUGUUUAUUCAUGUUAAUUAUCUUAAACCAGCAGUCGUUCCUCUUCCUGCAAAAAGUCUCGAUCAGCUGAUAAAUGUUUGCAGCUCUACAGCCAACAUGCCAGCAGUUUUGUCUCCGUAUUAAAGAGCAUGUGUGAGCGUAUCAGAUCCACUGGGUGUUUAUGACCCCUGCUACUGGAACGAGCCGCGGCGAUGGUCGUCACAUGAGGAGCUGGCUCCGGCUCUGUGUUUUCUGUGUGGCAACUCAGCCCUUAAAAUAUCUCCUGAGACUAAAAGGACCCACACCCUCCGGCGGGGUCGACAUCCUGCAUUCAUCCAGAGACGUGGAGUCGAUCGGCUCAAAGCUGAUGUUCACCUUAGGCUCAGAAAUGUGGAGGUGUAUUUAUACUUGUGCUUUUUAUAGAAGGAAUCGAUCCGGAGUGGACUGUCUGGCGGAGAGCUACUGUAAGAGCUCUGAGGGUGAGACAGAGCAGGAAGUGAUCUGUAAUGUGCUGCAUCACGGUGCUGCUGGUCUGUGGAGAUGGGCUUUGGGUCAAUUUAGGAAAAGAUAACACAUCUGAUUUGAUGGCCUAACAGUCCAACGUGAGAUUGUUAGAGUUGGUUUGUUUUUCUUAGCUUGUGUGAGGUACAAAUAAGACCACCUAUGCUGUUUAUUUUCCCAUUUUUCUAUCCUCGAUUCAUCAUAAAUAGCACGACGAAGUGGCGGACAUCUAUUAAAGAUUGUGUUUUGUUUCGUUUUUGUCCUUUCUCCCUCAGAAACGAGCCAAAGGCCAUGUCCUUUUUGACAAAGUGUGCGAGCACCUUAAUCUCCUGGAGAAGGACUACUUUGGCAUCACACACAGAGAUGUAGAAAACCAGAAGGUAAAGGACGGUUUAUUGCGUUUAUAAGAAAGGGGACUAUACUUUUACAACAGGCUAAUGGAAAGAGUCGAAUAUGCUGAACAUCAUAUCAUAAAACUGAAACUUUCAAAAGUCUUUCCAGCUUUUUUGGACUCAUUGCCGGUGCACUUUACAUUUAUUAGCUUCUUAGUAUUUUGCCCCACACUCAGCGCUCAAAUGUGCUCUUUGUCUCCUGCAGAAUUGGCUCGACCCCACCAAGGAGCUGAAGAAGCAGAUCAGAAGUAAGUUUAGUAAUUCGAUAAGGCCGCUCUAAUGUUUUGCCCCUGAACAGCCAAACGAGGCGUGUGCGACUGUAAAAACGCCGCGUGGUUAAUUCGAUGUUCUCUCUGCUCCUCAGCUGGUCCCUGGAACUUCGCUUUCAAUGUGAAGUUUUACCCCCCAGACCCCUCCCAACUCACCGAGGAUAUCACAAGGUAAGGGCUGCUAAUGCGUACAGCAUGGCGUGACCUUUAGCCGGCAUAUGCUAAGACAGUAGCCAAUAGUCUCCCCGUCUUCUCGCCGUAGGUACUACUUGUGUCUGCAGCUGAGAGACGAUGUGGUUUCAGGCCGGCUGCCCUGCUCCUUUGCCACCCACACUGUUCUGGGCUCCUACACGGCGCAGUCCGAACUGGGAGACUACGACCCCGACGAACUAGGCAGCGACUACAUCAGUGAACUCCGCUUCGCACCAAACCAGACCAAAGAGCUCGAGGAGAAAGUCAUGGAGCUUCACAAGACCUACAAGUGAGUUAUGGGGAAGUUACCUGAGGAGGAAGUGAUGUAAGGGGAGUUCAUGAACGAAUACUUCCUUAAAGGCACAAAAGUACAGACAGUUUAUCCUGGUGUUUCUGGGGCUGAAAAACAGAAAUCUGACACUUUCUGAGUCACUUAACAGUCCACUCAGAGAGACAGCAUGUCCCCCGACUCUGGAUUUGUAUUUCCCCAUAAAUGAUUAGAUCUGCCUGUCAGUUGUCGGAGCCCUUUAUUCCCCGCGUAUUACAAUGAUUUGUGGGUAAUUUGAUUUAGCUCUGUGCAGCAGCAGCAGCGAGGACAGAGCCAGGCAGUGACAGUGCAAGGAUUCGGGUCUCUCUAAAGACCAUCUAUCUAAAACCCGAGGCUCUCAUGGUGCUCGGUUACACUCUAGUUAACAGCAUUCACAGAGAGGAGUCAUUUUCCAAAGCUUUUCUUGCUGUAAAACUACGAAUUCACCCUUUUUGUGAUUAUGGGACUCUACGCCUGAAGUGUUUCAUACUCUCACUGUUCAAAAAGCGUCACAUCUCUCUCUAUUCUACUCGGUCCUCACAGGGGGAUGACACCAGCCGAGGCGGAGAUGCACUUCCUGGAAAACGCCAAGAAGCUGUCCAUGUACGGUGUAGACCUCCAUCACGCCAAGGUAACGUGCCACUACGAGAUUCUUAACCUCUAAUACUGACAAUUUUCUGUCUAUCACAAUUCAAACUGAACAUCUGAGGUGUGAUUUACUCGCAGGAAGUGUUGAAUCCGUUUCACAGAAAUAAAGCAGAGUUUGGAGACAUCAACACUGCAGGAAAAAUGUUGAAAAAAUUAACUAUAAUGCCCUCGAUGUCUGCAGGAAUAAUGGGUGUUACAAAAAUGUGUAACAAAAAGUCAAAUAUUCGUACACCCCUAUAAAAAGUAAUGUAUUACUCAAUAUCCAGAUAAGCAAAAGUACAAUUUCCAAAGUUUUGACAAAGCUUAGUUUAACAUAAGAUGAAAUUAAAAUAUGGUAAGUAAAAUGUAGCUUUGCUCUCAGAACGUUGAUUGGGGUGUACUUAUUUUUGCAUCCUGAUUAUAAAUUGAAAAAAAAAAAACUUUCUUGUAUGCAACUUAAAAAAAUCUUUUUUGCAAUCAACAGCCUACCGUUUUUCUCGCACCAUCAAUCAACGCGUCUAUUUGCGUCUAUUUUUAUACAUAAGGCUCACCGGAUUAUAAAGCUAAUUAAGCCAAAGAAAACAGUCAGAUAAGUCAAACUUGAUUUAACUCAUUCAGUAACUCUGCGAGGCUACAGUAGCUGCAGUGCUCCGACAAGCCAAAAAGAUUUUAAGUGCACCUUAUAGUGCGAAAAAUACGGUACAUUUGGGAGAGUAUUUUGUUGUAUAGUCUGGCAUAGAAAAUGUUGGUUUUGAAAGGAAACUAAAGGUUUUCUGACAACUCUGAAGGGGUGUUCUCAUUUAUGCUGAGCACUGUACCUGUAAAGUAAAACAUGUCAUAUCUCAAGUAAGAAAAGAGAUGUGUUGUAGUUUAAUGGCUCAAAACCAUCAUGAAUUUAAUCCGCGUUUGACUAAAAACUUAUUGAUUUGUGAGAAUUACAAGUAAUGUAAUAUGGUCACUAGUUACUAGAGGAAAAAAAACAACUGCAAAGAACCUCAUGGAUGUUGGAUCCCGGACGAGCCCCCAUUUGUUACGCCCCACCUGAAGGCGGGCCCUAUGGGGCUAACAACAAUCCUCAACUUUUGACCCACUAAAUUAACAAAACACCUUCAAAAGUUUAACACGUGAUUUAUUGUGAAAAAACAACAAAAUUGCAAACUAAACACAAAGCACCCACAACACAAAUGAGAGGCAGCAGGGCAGCAGUUCCCCACCAAAUGCCUCUCCAGACUGCAGGCAGCUCUGGGCUUUUAGACUCCCAGCACCAGGUGAGUCUGAUUGGCACUCAAGUGAUUUCACCUGGGCAGCUAUGGAGAGACAAAAGGGGAAAAACACAUGCAAAACAAACACACAGCCGUAACAGCAGGUUUCAAGCCUUUUUUGCCCCUUUUUCGCUCUUUAUGCUGAGCUAGAGUAAGCAGCUGCUGAUGAGGCCUCUUAUAUUUAAAAAAUGAAAGUUUAUAUCACAACACACUAAAUAGUUUUACGGUAGGAAAACAUCAAAUUCAACACAAUUAUCUCAGUGGUUUGCCGAGUUUGGCUAACGCUAUCAGAGCUAGCACCACCAGUCGUUUAUACUCCAUAGGUUUCCCUCUUUUUGCCUGUUAUCUUUAAUCCUUGAUCCAAACUGUGCUGUGCUACAAGACACCGUCCAUCAUCUGUGGUUGUUUACAAAUAGGUAGCAUUAUGACAGUAGCCGUUAACUUGAGCCACAGCUCCAGCUAGUGGCGGGUCGAUGUACUACAGCUUAGACGCAAAAUAUGACCGAGUGAUGACAGCCAACUUUCCCUAUUUAUGUGCUACACAAUCACUAAUAACAACUCCAGUCCUGUUGUGUGUCUUAUGCGAGUGCAGAGUUGUGUUGUUUUUAUGCGAGAUGAUGACACCGGCAUAUUUCACUCACGCUGCGCCACCACAACACUGCUGCUUGAAAAACAUCUGGGCUGCCACUGCUGUUUGCUGAUUGACUGACAUUACGUCACUGCUGCCUCUGUGGACUCAUGGGCUGAAAGGAUGGAGGGUGGUGGUGGUGGUGGUGGUGGGGUCUGGAGCCUAGCUUGACUUGUUUGAUUUCCUCACUAAUCUCAGCGGGAUCAGAUGUAUCAUUAGGGGGGGUUGGAGAGAGAGCUGGAUUAUAGCGACAGGACGGGUGUCAUCAUAAAGGAAAAUUACAGUCAUCAGUCUUGAUAUGAUCAGCCAUCAUAGACGGGGAUGAAUCAGUGUAGAUGUGAGUGAUGGAGGAGGAGGAUAUUGCCUUCAGAGGUCCAAACGAAGUAGAGGAGACGACAGAUCGGAGGUUGGACGUUUUCAUGCACACAAGUAAAAAAAAAAAAAAAAAACAUCUGUCUUCUCUUCCUCUCUCAUUAAAUGCAAAGUUGGUAGGGAGACUCUAUGAGAGCUUGGCUCCAGCUGAGGGAGAGGUAAGAGGCUGCGAUUCAUAUGCUUACCUGCGUGUGUGUGUGUGUGUGUGUGUUUGGUGUGUGUGUUUAGUUUCUAUAUGUGCAUGGUUACAUACAACAUACUCAGUUUUCUGCGCUUCCCGCUCUGAAAACACCAUCAUUGGUUUCACCCGCUCAUCUCAUGCUUUGUGCAUUGGAGAGCAUAGUUUUGUGCUUCACCCACCAUUUCCCAACACUUCACUGUUGUUGCUGUUGCUGUGCAGUACCCCCUCGAGUCUCCAUUCAGCGCCACCACAGCCUGCAUAGAGAAGAUAAGAGCGCCAUAUGCCUGAUUCCACUCUCCACCUGCCUGCUUUACCUUGUCAUUACCUCCAACUCUUGACUCCGUUAAAUACCUCCUCCCUCUGCUGUGCAUCUGGCUCCUCAGUUUCCUGUAGAGUUUAUGUUGUACGAGACACCAAUCUGAGAUGGUUAGGAGCACUGUGGUACCAGAGUGAGACUUCGCAAAAGCAUGUCAUCAGAUGUAUGAUCUUCAUUUUCGGUGUUGUUUUCCAGGACUCUGAGGGCGUGGAGAUCAUGUUGGGAGUCUGUGCGAGCGGCCUGCUCAUCUACAGAGACAGGUUGCGGAUCAACAGGUUCGCCUGGCCCAAAAUCCUCAAGAUCUCCUACAAGAGGAACAACUUCUACAUCAAAAUCAGACCCGGCGAGGUGAAUACAAACGCACACAAACACGAGUGAAGAAGCUAGGAAUGGUUAUCCGCCUGAUUUGUGGGUUGUCUAGUCAGUUGUUGCAGCAGCUGUCACAUUUGCAGGUGUACCACGCCUCCAAAGUGCUGCAGUCGGUUAAAAACGACUCCUGAACUCUCUGAGAUGAAAAUAUUCGGCACUAAUUCUGUCUCAAAUGUCUGUGCACAAAUGUCCUCCCCCCUCUUUACUAAUAUUUCAUAAAGGAGACACUCUAAUGCUGCAUAUCACUCUCUAACUGGGCCGGCUUUGCUGAGGGUGCAUUAUCCUGCAGCUUUAUGAAGGCAGUUCAGAUGUUUGAUUUGGAAACAUCAUCAGGAGAUCAAUCAAUAAGCAGCCACUUACUCACUCAUGUUUGACGGGAAGAUUGAGUUAAAAAUAUGUGAAAUUAUCAAUUAAUAAAACUGUGUUUAUGAAUAAAUUAGGAACAUGAUUGUGAGAAGGUGUUUUUGUGUUUUUCUUUUGCAGUUCGAGCAGUUUGAAAGCACAAUCGGCUUCAAGCUCCCAAACCAUCGUGCUGCCAAAAGGCUGUGGAAGGUCUGCGUGGAGCACCACACCUUCUUCAGGUAAGAAACAAAAGACCCGGGAGCAGAAAGAAGACCAUUUUCACACCACAAAAGGAAAAAUCUUUAUUCUUAGUCGAGAUUAGGGAAGAUUUAAAGCAACUCAUGUCCUGGUUGUCAAAACAGAAAUACAAGUUCUUACUAACCCUCAAAUCUGUCGGUGAGAAAACACUGCGCUAAACACAGGGUCACAGACUCCGGGAGGUUUUUAGUGUGAAGUGGAUGACUAACACCAGCAGAGCUUUCACCACCAGCCGUAACUAUUUCCUGCAGGAGAACUUUUACAAGCCUGUGCUGGUUACUUGCUGCUUCAGUCAUGUUAGUUUUAACCACACAGACCGAUCUAUCUAUCAUGAGGAAGUGCUUGUUUUAUUGGUUUGCAAUAGCUAUUGACCUAAAGUUGGCUGGACUAAGUUAGGACACAAUCUAUGGCUUUUAUUUUUCCCCCUGUUUGUACAAAAAUAUGACAGUAUGAUGUUGUAUACACAGAUGUUCUGGUGCUUAAUAGCAUGGAAAAUUUGGUUUUCAUGCCAAAGCCACAUAAACAUGCGUAUACCUCAUUGAGAUGUUAUUAUGCUGUUAAUGUUGAUUCUGUAUUUAGUCCAAAAUUUUUGUCUCUGCAGCUGAGGCUAAAACAGGGUAUCGACAGGGUCUUAUAAAGUCUUAAAUCUAGUCAUUUGAAUGUAUGUAAGACCUUAAAAUAUCUAAAAUUCCCUUGAAAUCUCAUAAAAUGUCUUUAACACGAUUCUAAAAGCUCUUAAAACUGUAUUAACUGUACUUACAAAUAGAUAACUGGCCGUAAGAGUAAAGAUUGAUUUGAAGUAAUAUGAAAUUUUCCGAUUUCCCUUCAUGCCUUUUGUACUUUUUUUGCUAGUAUAGAUGUAAAAAGAGUCUUCAGUUAUAUUCAUUACGGUCUUAAAAACUCUUCAAAUGUCCAAAAUCCAAUCAUUUAAAAUUAAAACCUUAAAAAAUUCUCUUAAAAUCUCAUGAAAUGUCUUAAAUACGAUUCUAAAAGCUCUUAAAAAUGUAUUAACUUUACUUACAAAUAGAAAACUUGCUAUAUGAGUAAAGAUUGAAUUGAAGUCAUAUGAAAUUUUCCGAUUUCCCUUCUUGUCUUUUGAAUUUUUUUGCCAGUAUGGAUGUAAAAUUAGUCUAAAAUUGUCUCAAAAAGUCUUAAUUUGAUCAAGUACAAACAAUAUAAAAGGAAGUUACAUUGAAUUAAAAAGUGGUGCAUCUUUUUCCAAAUCUAACACGUUGACACUGACAGUUUAAAGUUUAAACUUUGAGUCUGCUUUGUUUGCUAAGUUUUUUUUACUGGUGAAGACGUGAGACGGUCUUAAUGUGGUAAAAAAAAGUCUCUCCCGAAGCUGCUGGUUACCACUGUCAUAUUUCGUAACAUGCCGAGUCUCUCUGCUCUGCAUUAAGUAAAAACUGCCCCUCCGGGUUCUCUACAGUAGCAAGCCAAGCGUGAAGCACGACGCGGUCUCUGCGGGCUGUUUAAAUGAGCGCCACAGUCUCACGGUGCAUGUCUCUAACAUGUGUUCUCUCCACUUUGAUUAAUGAGUCUGUUUGUAACCUGCGACAGGCUCGUGUCCCCGGAGGCCCCCCCGAAGAAGUUCCUCAGCCUCGGCUCCAAGUUCCGCUACAGCGGCAGAACGCAGGCUCAGACCCGCAGGGCCAGCUCCCAGAUCAUCAGACCCGCGCCGUUCUUCGAGCGCACCUCCAGCAAACGCUACAACAUGUCCCGCAGCUUAGACGGAGGUGAGGAGACAUCAGGGGUUUUAUUUAUAACCAAGCGGAGUUAAAACGCUGCUAACCAGGAACUUUUUCAACUAUUUGUCCUGUUUGUUUGUUUUUUUAUCUCCCUCUGGGUGAUUUUUGGGUUAUCCCACUUUUAGAUCUGAUUGUUCAGCAUGUACUCUUAAGCUUUUGGGAAAUCUUCUCCCCCUUAAAGAUGCUGCUUCUGCAUCUUUAUCUGGAAACACUUGUGAGCUGAAUUUGUGUUCCUGUUUUUUAUGCAUCCAGCCUGAUUGUCAAAAAUGUCUGGUACAGUUCAGUUACACAAAAACAAUGGAGUGUCAAAACAAAUCCUUUUGUUUUACUCACACGCCUCAUCCCUGAGAUCUCAGACCAGACCGCUCAAGUCCACUGAAACGACUCCCGUUUGUUACAUCUGUUUUUCUCUUCCAGCACCCAUCAUGGAGAACCACGAGACUCUCAUGAAGGACAGCGCUGCAGACGGCGCGGCCAAAGUCAUCGCCAAGGGAGACAUCAUCACCACGGUAACGACAGAGAAGAAGGCAGAGGAGGAGAAGGCAGAGAGAGAGGACGCUAAGAUGGAUGCUGCAGAGACGCCGGAGCCGGCCGUCACUACGCCGCUGAAACACGACACUAAGGUAAACCGGGUCUCGCCGAGUUGAAGUCGGCGUAUAGAGGAACUUUUUAGGAGUUUGUGUUUUUCCUGUUUGGUUCAGAGGGAGGGUAAUUCAUUCAGAGUAGAAAAAGGUUAUUUCACAGGAGCUUUGCAUCCUUUGAAGUUCUUUUUUGUUUUAGUUUUUGUUUCUUUUCUUUCUUAAAAUACUUCUUAAUGGCUGACGAGGUUUCCCAGUUGCUUUCAGCUUUAACCCACUGCAGUAGACUAGGCCUAAGUGCUUCUCAUCUUGUGUGCGCUUUACUAAUUAGCUUUUCUUUUCUUGUCCUUCCUUUGACCCCACACUAUACUUGUGUGUUUGCUCACGCCUGUUCGCCCCCCCCUCCCCUUCGCUCCCCUUCAUUCGCACACACGCCAUCGUUUUGUUGACACCUCCCUCCAUCAGUGCUCCUCCUGUUUGUACAAAAACGACCCCCUCCGCUCCGAGCUCUCACUCCCUUCAUCCCCCGUCACAUCAACCAAAGUACGGCGGAGGCGCAGGGAGAACGCGCGUAAGCGGGCCUCGUCUGUGAGUCCGGCCAAGAAUGGCGACGGGUGCCGCCGACGGCAAGCCCUCGCCGACCGUAAAGCCGCCCUGCUGGACGAGCAGGCGCUGCUGCUCUCGGCCCGCAAGCAGAGGCUGGAGCAGGGCAAGAGGCGCGGCGGCACGCUCUUCUCCUUCUCCCUGCACCUGCCCGACCUGUCCUCCUUCCUGGACGACGACGGCUACAUCACCUUCCCCGAUCUCUCCGAGAUGCGCUUCCUCCCUGAGUGCGCGCAGAACUUCCUGCCCAUUAAAUCCCCCUCACUCAUCCCCUGCUUCCUCUUCAUCUUCUUCUUCCUGCUCUCCACUUCCUUCUCCGUCCCCUACGCCCUCACCCUCUCCUUCCCCCUGGCGCUGUGCCUCUGCUACCUGGAGCCCAAGGCAGCCUCCCUGACCGCCUGCAUAGCCCAGGGCUACCAUGACUAUGACAGUUCAGAGGAAGAGGAGGUGUGUGUUGUGCGUACGUCUGACUUAGAGUAACAGCUCAUUACGACAGUUAACCCCUUGACCCCUGACCUGGAGACUGUGUCCGUCCCAGUGUCUGUCAGCUGUCCUACUUUCAGAACCUCAUCUCUGCUCAGUCUCACUCUCCAUCCUGUAGACUCCAUCAUCCUCAUCGGCAUCACGAAUACACAGAGAUGAACCUGCAAGUCUCACUGUUUCAUAUCUGAUUGGCUUGUAAUUUCACAUCACUGAGAGGGUUCGACACAAAAACUGAUCCAUCAGAGACUCGAUUUUGACUCAUUUCUGACUCAUCUGUGUGUAAAGAAAAGAUCAUGACAUAAAAACAUGAGUGAGCAUAUUUAAAUAUUUGUCUUAGCUGUCUGCUGAAGAUUUUGAUGAUUAUAGCACCUUUAUAUCUUCAUGUGGUCACCUCAUGUUUAGACUCGGCAUUGUGCCUAACCCAUCUCAGUGUCUCCAUCCAUAUUCAUGGUCCAACAGAGUAAAAGUGACUGCUACAAGAUUAACAUCAUCUGCAUGAGGACACUUUCACAUUUAUCUCUGCACCCAGUCUCUCUGCAUCGCGAUCCCAGUCAAGCAAAGCAGCACAAAUGAAAAUGAAUAAUUUAAAGGAAGCCUCCGCUCAAAAAGAGCUAAAAGCAGCUUUCUGUGGAGUGUCAAAAAGUCACUUUUUUCACCCUUUUAUGAAGCACAAAUGAAGAGUGUAAUUAAAAGUGAUGCAGAGAGACUGUGACUGCGAAACGCAUCCAGAUCACCGUUAUUGUCAACAUGCAUGGAGAGGAGGGGGAGGGCCUGAAAGUCAGGUUACUGUUAGGCAACAAAAUUGUGGAAUGAAAUCAAACGGUGUUGUUUGAUGUGAACAGAAACAACACGAUUAAGUACAAAACAUACAACGAAGCUACGACAAACCAUACCAGGGUGGACCCCUCUUUAUUUCUAAUGCAAAUUGAAUCCAACACUGAAGCAUCAAAGUGACUGACCAAAGGUCGAAACUUCCUCUGAGUCUGUUUUGCUUGCUUACUUUUCAUUUGCUUUUCUUUUUUUUAAAGUUUUUCUAUCUUUUAUUCGUAGUGUCGUCUGAUUUUGUGAAGCUUACAGACCAAAAACAAACAAACUGCAUUUCCAUUUGUUCCAUUUAUGGUUAUGAAGAAACGUCUCGGUGAUGAAUACACUUGAAAGUCUUUACAAGUUGGGUUCUUGUCAUUUUCCUGCCUGCCUCUCGGAUCGGUUUGUGAAAGCAGACCGACAGCGAACAAACUGACUUUGCCUUUGACGGAGAGAUGACGGCGACAGAGGUUGGUACUUUAGGAGGGAUGUUAUAAUUAAGAGCAUGGAAAAGUUCUGACUGAGGGGAGACGGGAGGAGACGCUGAAUCAUGGAUGUCUUUCCUUUUAGGAGUGCACUUCAGGUUCUGCACAGACCGCAUGCUUUACAUCGAACUCUCAUUACUUCUUGUAUAGCUCUUGUAGAGAUGUGUAUGUGUGCCAACUGUAAUCUGCAUGUCUCUAUUGCUUCUAAUGAAAAAUCUGCUUAUUACAGGGUUUUAUUGGAUUUCUUCAAGACAAAUAUGAAUCCACUAAAGCCCCUGUCGUUAUAAAUUUAAAGCUUUAUACGAAGUGAAUAAACACUAAAGUUAAUCAAUAAGAGCUUCCAUUAAAAAUAUGACGAGUGCAGCAGCGUAUGUAGUUAGAUCAGUUUUAUCCUCAUUCAUAAAACGGAGUUUGAACUCUCUAUAUCAGGUUUCUCUGCUGUCUUAUAAUCUCUCCUCUGUCCAUCCUGACUUUACUGAAUCAAAUCAGUGUUUCCCCAACAUUUCACAUGAUCAAUGAAUAUCAAUGCGCCGCUAAUGAUUUAUACUCGCACUGUAUGAGCACAACAACACACAGCGUUGUUUUCGAUUUGUUUUGAGUCAUCAGUGAGCGCAUCAGAUCCUGUUGGACCCUCUUCCGUGAAGGGUAACGUUCAAGUUUAUACACGUCUAUAUAGCGAGUAGCGUGGUUAACGUAAUGUGAACGUAACAGCGUAGUCAUGUCAAGGACAUAACUGUGCUGCUGCUGAAAAAUGUUGUAGGGGAAACACUGAGACUUGUUAAAUUUAUGUGAAAUACGAUGAAAUGUUUACAGAUUUGUCGCCUUUCAAAUCUAGCCCCCUGUCACCUCAAGCCACAAGUUCAUAUAAAAUCGUGUUUAAAGGCUUAAAAAAAAAAAAAAACUUUUCUUAACAUUAAAAAAAAAUUGACUUUGUUGAAAUUCUGCUUAAGGCUUAGAUUUGAGUGUUUAUUAUCUUAGUAACAGACAUCAGCUGCGUUUUGUUGUAGUAUAACCCUCAGUACCUCACACAGUUAUCGAGUUAUUUUGGCACCUUCACCUUUUAAAAUCUACAGUCAGACAUGGUUAUUUAAAAUCAGACGUCUCACUUCUAUCUUUAAUAUCGAAUAAUUAAUCAAAUUAGUGCAACGUUUUCAUGAAGUGACCGCAUAGAUACUUGCAGGUUUAAAGACUAAAAUUUAAGCUUCAAAUCAAGAUAAAUGUUGCUUUUAAAGCUCCUGUGAGGAAUCAGACGUUUCAGUUUUCUGGUAAAAUAACUUCAGACGCAGAUUUUUUUUUUGUAAAUUAAGUUUAGGGGAGUAAAACAAGGCACGUCCACAAGGGGCGCCAAAAUCACUCCAUACUGAAAAUUCCUCACAGGAGCUUUAAAAUUAUAAGGAAAGAAAGAAGAUUCUUCUGCUACUUUAUUCAAAAACAAAAACUCUCUCAGCCUGAUGAUGUUGUCAGAUUAAUGCUACAGUAUAAGGAGGACACCAGUCUGAAGAAGGACCAAACUAAUCAUGUUGGUGAAUUAUAAACUUACUAGAUUUGGGAGUUUAACUGUUGAUAGGAAGCAAAUGAGCUUUAAAAAUCUACAUUUGUGGGUGUAUUACCACGGUUUAAGUGUUUUAUUCUUUACAUGAAUCUUGCACAGUAUCAAAAGAAGUCAAAUCUACCUCGACAGGUUUGCUAAGAUAAAUGCUCCAUCUCUGCCUCCUUCCCUCUCUCUGCUCCUUGCCUCCUCUCUUCUUCUCCUUAACCUUAUAUCUUCAUCUACAGUGUCUUUCUCCACUUACACUCUCCUGUCCUCUCCUCUUUACUCGCUGUCAGUCGGAGGCAGACGAGGACUCUGAGAUGCGGACUCAGGUACUCCGGCCUCGCUCCGAGGCCCCGCUCAGUGCAUCAAACCACCACCAUCAGAUGCACUGAGCCGCUCAAACACCCGCCAUCAGUCAUUUUGUGCCGUCUCGUCACCUUUGCUUGCCUGCUCUUGCUUUUGUUGACAUUUUCACUGUCACGCCGCACAGCUGAGCGACCAUUCACUACUGCCUGAUUUCACUCCACAGACUGCUGCUCACAAAAGCUGUCGCUGCUGCUGCCGCUGAAUCCACCACUGAAGCUCAUUUCUCGAGUGGUUUUUUUUCUACACAAAUGGAAAAGUCAUGUUCUUAUUUCUUUUCUUGUCGCUGCGAGCAAAAGCCUAGAUUUCAGUUUUUGAGGUUUUUCUAGUAAAUGACUUUCCUGUGGGUUGAAUCUCACCCUCAAGUCUUUCUUCAGAUAAAGCAGAGGAGACAAAUCUCCCAAUUUCUCACUACAAGACUGAAAAUUCAUUCUGCAAAGAAGCUUUCACCUACAAGUCUUCUCCCCUCCUUCUGUUUUUGCAGUAUAGUUUCAUAAGACGAGUCAAAGGGGAGAACGUUUUUAUCAAGCAUAGUAAUCUGAUGCUCGAGGUUAGUACAAGUCAAGGCAUGACUGACAUGUGCAUGCAGGUGAGAGCAAAUAUGUCUAACACGCCUUCAGUUCUGCCAGGCGGGAUGAGAUUUUUCUGUUCAUCUAACCGGUUUUCUUGCUGUGAGAGAAAUCAAGUUUUAGAAAUUAAUCUGAACUAAAUCAGUGUUUGUUGAGGUUGAGAUUUGAGAGCGUUGUGCUUAAACAUGAACCUGAAACUAAACCCAGGAAUCAGUGCAUGUAACAUUUGUUUUUUUCACUGGCCCUAAAUGCUUGAUGAGCAUUUAAGUCAAAGCUGCUCCUUUUCAGUUGCAGCUGCCCUGCUGGUUGACUUUUGUGUUGCUGUUUGUGCGAACUGUUUUCGAAAACAGGCCUGUGAGCGGUAACCAUGAGAAAUGAGGCGUUAAAUGCAGCUGAUUCGGAUCUCUACUGGACCUUUUCAGGACUGCAUUUUACGCUUCCGAGUUCUUUUGGGUUAUUUCACGGAUUUGCAAGCUACUUUUGCGUACAUUAAGCAUGGCCGUCGUUCCCCUCUGCCCGGCCUCACCUCCUUGUAUCAUGGUUGACCGCCUACUGCAGGACGCCUCGCCUCCGUCAGAGAUGGUCAAACACCAGACCAACAUCAGCGAGCUGAAGCGCUCCUUCCUAGAGACGGGCGACAGCACACCGGGCCUGACCGAGUGGGAGAAGAGACUCUCCUCGUCUCCGGCGCGUUCGCCCAGAAUGGACGACGCGCCGAUGAUAGAGCCGCUGGAUGUAAGCCGAGUGACGGCGUGUGUGUGUGAGGCAUGACAUCAGCGUGGGGUUCUUUCCUCUAACACAGACAUCAACAGCAGGAGUGUUUGCAUUUAUCUUUCGUAAUGGUGCUACGGCUUUUUUAAUAAAUCAAAACGAUUCUGUCACAGUAUAUUCAAAAUGGCUCCACGGCGUAUUAAUAAAGAUUACCAGCAUCUUUAUGUGGUAAAUUAAUCUGCACACUCAGUCGGAGUUAGUGGGCCAAUCAGUGUGUCUGUCUUUCCUGCUGUCACCUUUAUGGCUUCUCUAUAUCUCAUCAGCAGCUGAUUAACAUAUUAAUUUCCCCCGGUCGCAGACGCUACACUCAUUAAUCAGGAAUACGAUUGUUUUGCUCCGUGACGUUACGUGCCUGAAUUAGCGUUUUCUCCUCACACUAUAAUCUGAUGAACUCAUGCAGGACAAAAGAGCGGCUGUAAUUGAAGUGUCUGAGGACUAAUCACUGACAUCAAACACAUCUGACUGACGGAAAUGAAAAGAGGUUUCUGGAAGAGUUUGCAGUCUGAUUUGUGUCCAUUUUAACUUCUAGUCACACUGGAUGUGUCCUUUUCAUACGUCUCUCUUCAUUUUUUGUGACGUGGUUUUGUUUUUCUAUUUCUUUCAGGCUGAAGGAGAGGAGCCUGCAGACCAAGAGACAAAAGAGGAGACGGACGCUAAAGCCACUGAGGUAAACCGCCUCCAGUUUUUGUUUUUCAUUAGUGAUCUAGCAGGUCGGUGUUUUGUCUUUUGUCUCCAUCCUGCUCCAGAUGUGCGUGAUCCCCAGAAGGUUAUCAAUAUUUCCACUCGUUGUCCUUCCUGCUCUUCUCUUUCUCUUUCUCGGUUUCUGUCCCUCUUAAAUUUGAUGUUGUACUUCCUUACAUACUUAUCUUUAAGUCAAGUUGGCUUAGGACGAGGUUGUAAACAAGACACAUGUCUUCUUCUGUGGUAAGUCAGCAGGAUGAGUCAGCUGUGACAAAGCGGUAGGUGUUUAGCAGGUCCUGAUAGAGAGGUGCAUGUUUUAAUUGCUCAGUGCAUUUUAAUUUAGUUAGUGCAUGAGUUAUUUGGAAGUGUUGACCAAACCCUACUGAAGGAUACGAUAUAAUGCGCUACAACCCAACGUCAAUCCAUACGAUACAAUCUGAUACAAUAUGAUGCUUUAUAUACGCUGUCCCACGUUAAUUCAGGGUAAUACAAUAGGAUACAGUUUGUUAGGUCAUGGUACUUAACGACACAAUCCAACAGGGUACGACCGUAGACUGUAUAUAGAAUGGACGCCGUCUGCCUCCUCGAGAACAGCACCCUCUGGUGACGGGCUGCAGUAUAGGUCAUAAAUCCCAGCAAUCCCUAUGGAGCUGUGGACAAACUUUAGAAAUUAUUUACACAGAAUAUAAAUGUUUCUCCCUCCUGGUUGCGAUGUUGACAUGUCGUUACAGUAAGACUGGUUUGUGCUCACGUCCUCUUUUUUUCUUUUCAGCUCCGUUUUUAAAAGUUAUUAGGAGGUUCAUGUUUUCUAUGAUUGACACCUGAUACAGCCUAUGGGCGUACGAAGAUUGCAUAGCGACUUUCGUACAACGCUACUGCGCAAGUGGUGGUUCCAGAAAUCACGGAGAUACCGAUUGUAAUUCGGCUUCAAAUUCGUAUAAUGACUAAAGGCGGAACCAAGUUGUCCAUAAUAUAUACAGUCUAUGGGUACGACACAAUACUAGUGAAUAGGAUAGGAUGAUACAAUAAAGUGGGAUAUAGUGCAGUACAAUAAAACGACAGGAUAAAAUAAAAUACCUGAUAUGUUGUUCCAAAAGUAUCACGCGAUUCUGCAAAAAUGUGGAUGUUUGUGAUUUAUUGCAACAAUCUUAUGCUGAUAAAUUACAGUGCAGGUGCAGGAUCAUUGUUGUUAGUGAAAGCUAAGAGUCCCAUGUGUUUAAUAUUAUUUGUAAAUGCUCAUAAAUGGCCUAGGAGUUAGGUUGUGGGCCUCCUGCACAGAGGUCAUGGUCCCAAUACUGAAGGUUCGGGUUCGAGACCAACCUGUUGCUGCUAUUCCUGCAUGUUACCCCACUUUCUCCCCUGGUUUCCUUUUUUAUCUUCUUUGAAAAGACAUAAAAGCCACAAAACAGAACUUAAGGAAUAUAUGAAUGUAGAAUUAAAUGGAGCUGGAGGUAAAUACUUUGUCCCUCCUCAGAGAAAACCGAAAAAAAACCUGUUAGUGAGCUUUCAUCUUCAAUGAAAUGCGUUUAUGGCUCAGUCUGCGUUUGUUGUCAUUUCUACUUGAAUAUUUAUUCUCUUGAGCUUUAUUCUCACCAUCUUGGCUGUCUGUCUUUUAACUUGAACGAUGCAUGUCCAAUGAGCGGAGUGUCUCCCCAGGCGGCAGGAUAUCUGGUGAAAUACGUGGUGGACAGUCUGGUAACAGAUCUGGGCACCUCCUCGGGGCCCCACGGGAUUAGCCUGUCAACCACCAUGGACGACGACGUCUUCAUGGACGGGACCCUCAGGGAGGUGGAGGAGAAAACCCCCGACUCUCAGGAGGAGAUGUCAGAGAGGUCUGCUGGGAAGGUCAGCCCGGGAGCUGUGAGACAGGAAGUGUCCCAGGCCAUCAGUGACAAGAAAGGGAGACUCAUCAUCCUGAAGGAGGCGGAGGAAAGAGAGGACGCAGAGGGUGACGAGACGAGCGCCGAGGGCGGGAAAGAGGAGUUUAAAGUCCAAGGAGAAGUCAAGGCGAAGGUGAAUGGGACUUUGAAAGAGGAAGAGGAGGCUGCAGACGGUAAAGAAGACGCAGUAGUCGCCGAUAAGCCGAGCCCGAAGUUUGAGAUAAAAACUGAUGAAAAGACUCCGAUCAAAGGUUUUGACUCGCCUAAGAAGGCCAUGGCAUCCUGGAUAUCUGAGGAAGUGAAGACGGAGGCUUCAAGGAUCAUCAUAACCACAACCACGACGGAGGAAGUCAAAGAGAUGAAAAGUUCUGAUGAUACUCCGCUGCAGAAACCAGAAAUCUUCACCUUCCAAGAGGUCCAAAUAGAGCAGUCUAAGCCCAGCCUGAACCAUGUCUCACUUUCUGAGUCUUCGACUUCCUCCUUAGCCGCGGUACUGUAUGAAUACUAAAAGAAAAAAGAAACACCGUUUUGGCUGCUUCCCUCCACAUCUCCACCACCUCAUUUUGCCUUCCCUCCAGCAGCAGCAGCCAAACCGGUCUAACACGAGUGUAAUCGAGCGCUCUGCAUGGCUAACGGUCCUCUAACACCCAAUAUUUUCUCCCUCUCUCGCCAAAACCGCCUGUUUCUGUUGCAAAAACAAACCUGCUGCUUCUUUUUUUUUGAUACAAACAGUUUAAUUUCUAAGUUUGUUGACAGCUCAAACAGCCCGCCUUGCCUCCACAGCUGGCUCUCACAGCUGAUAAGGAAAGAAACGGGGGGCUCUGGCAGGCUCCUGUUUGUUUUUUCUAUCGUUUUGCUCUGCUGCUCCAUCCCCUUUCUUUCGGCGCCGUUAUCAGUUCCCUCAGAGCGGUGACUUCAUAGCCCUGGCUCGGUGCCACCGCUGCAGCUUUUCCCCUCUCGCCUCAUCCUCCCAAAAAAUCCCCCCCCACCCCACCCCUCUGCCUCCGUAACAAGUCAGGGAAACAAUUGUAUGGGUCUACCUAAAAAGAGGCUUCACUGUUCUGACGGUGCAGUUUUUCAAAAGCAGAUUAGUGGAAAUUUGCUGCUGGUGGAUUCAGCGACUCCAAAACCGGAUUUUUAGGAUUUGUUCAACUUGGCGUUAGCUUCAGCGGAUUUAACAGGCUAUGAAAUGGUUUUCCAUACAAUAUUUACCUUCCAGAGGUUUCAUUUUCCCACCCUCCCUUUCUCUUUCUUUACUCUGUGUUUGUGUUUGUGUGACUCUGAAAUCUUCUCUCUUCUCUUCUCCUGUCUGUGUAUCAUCCUUCUGUCCCAUCAGUCUACGCUGGGAUGGGUUUCCUCCUCUCAAAAGGUGACCACGCCCCCGGUCCUCUCAGAUAUCCUCCUCGAAAAACUGCAAUGGUUUUUAUUCCCCUGAAACUUCCUGUCUUUGAAUAUUUAACGCAAGUUUCUCCUAAACAUGUAUAACUUCUAUUCGUUAUCAGGUUUGAUGUGAAGCUCUGAUUUAUUUUCUGGUCGUGAUGGUUUAAAAGCGUCACCUAAUGCUGCGUUUAUCGUCCGCAGACUUCCCCUGAACCAGAGGAGAUCGCCCAGAAGACGGAGGCAGCACCGGUCGAGUCGACAGGGCCAACGGUGAAUAUCCAGACCUCAGAGCCUGUGUGCGCCACAGCGGAGCUCACGGGCGAAACAAAAGCUGCAGAGGGAGAGUCAGAGCAUGCAGAUAUCAGCCGUAGUUUAGGAGAUCCAACAGAUGUUAGUGGUUUUCAAGGCGUUGCACCAUCUUCAGUGCAUGUUGAUCAGGGCGCACCAUCGGAGCUGGAGACAGAAAACCAGCUGUUAGCAGCAAAUCCAGGGUCGGAUGAUGGCGAAAGCGUGCCAGACGGCGCAGUAGUAAACCAAGCAGAAGGGAAGGAAAAUGAGGAAGCGGUAGAUGAGGAAGGGGAGGCGUCAGAUUUAGAAGACACAAACACGGGUUUCAGAUUCACUGUUGCUCCUGCUCGCAUCCAAGAUUGCGGAAAGCAAGAUGGAGGGAGAGCGGCAGAGGAUGUAGAGGAGGAUUUAGCCGAGUUUGAAGUCGAGGGAGAGGAGAGAGAGCGCUCAGACGUAGAUGGAAAGAGAGUCCAGUUCUUAGAGGAAGUGCAGUAUUUUGAAGAGCGAGAGACCCCCGCAGAGUUAGAAGAAACUAUCGAGGAGGUGGAUGAAGACAGAGAUGAAGAGGAUGGAGGAGAAAAGGCUGUGGGUAAACCGCCGCCCUUUGAAAAAGAGAGAUACCACCAUCCGCAGUCAGACAGCUCAGAAGACGAGCAGGAGGAGUGUGAUGAUGAAGAAGAGCAGGGUUUUGUGAAAGAAGAGACUCCGGAGGUGAGGGACGACGUGUCGGCAGCAAAAGAAGAACUAGUCCGAGCUGAAGUGUACGUAGAAGAGACGCUUAGCCAACAGGAGGAGACUCUGACUCCACCGCCCACCCCUGAUGACUCCCUCACCCUUUCGCCGCCAUCCUGGUCUCAGUCGGAGGUAACCCGGCGUCACCUCCAGUGGCCUCGGCCUCAGUCGAGUGACCUCACCUCCACUCUCCCCUCCUGAAUCUGCGUCUCAACUUGUUAACGUCACCGUUUGUUGCUGUGCAGAUUGGGGGAACUUUUUUAUGUCUAAUAUGUCGUGGUGCACAGACUUGAUCAAAACCUUGUGAUUUGUCUCCUUCACUGGUUCAGGGACUCUAAUGCAUGACUGCAUGCUCGUGCACCGAUCCAGCCCCUCUAUAAUGACGCUCUUUGGCUGAGUUUUUACAAGCAUGCGGGAUUUAUUUGUGUCCACUUAAUUUCAUGUCCAGAAGUCAGAAGCUAUUUUGAUAACAAAGGCGCACAGCGACCCGCGGACUCCUUCAGCGAUUUGUUUCAAACAUGACGGCUGACAGAUGUUUUUUUCUGCCUCUGCCCGACUCUCUCUGCAAACCUUUCAUUUGUGUCCGUCUCUUCUUUCACCCCUUUAGACUCCCGGUGCCGUUGAGGCGGGUACCAAAGAGAUGCCUGUGGUCCACACAGAGACAAAAACCAUCACCUAUGAGUCUGGAGAGGUACACAUGAACACAAAUCUAAAUACUGCAGCAUUUUGAAGGUGUUAGAGAUCGUUGUACUGGACGAUAGAUGUCUGCAAUUUCAUGAAAAUGCCCCUAAAAGCAUUUGUAGUGUUUGAUGUUGUGGGAGAAGAAACUAGUUUUUAUCAUAUUGUUCGAUAUUUGUGUAAAUACAGGAAAAAUAUGGAAAGUUGAGACUUGUGUUUAAAUGUAAAGAUGAAGAGAAAAAGUUUGAUACUGCAAACCUUUUCUCUUUUUUCGAACAAUCAAAACUGCCCGUUAAUCAUUUAGUAACAAGAGUUCGACUGUCUGGUCUUCAUUAUAAACUUUUGUUCCCAGUGAGAACCUGUCUAGUUUUACAAAAGUGUCAUUUAUAAAGAUUAUAAAGAAUUCCAGAAAACACAUAGAUUUGGGAUUUUCCUGAGACAUUAAAACUGCCCCACAAAGGCAAGAAGAUCUGUGUCGCUUCGAUUAGACUAGAAAAAAAUAAAUAAAUAAAGCUUAUUUUAUUCCUAAUUAGCAUUAGGUCUAAAUAAGACAGUGUCUGGGUCUGGGUCUGAUAUUAAGAGAGACAUUGUCAGUAAUUUAGAGUUUUAUCCGUGCCCUCUUCAUAACUCUACAUCCACUUUUUUUUUUACCCCAAUCUUAUAAUAUUUCUGCUCUGAGUUACAGUUUGUUGCUCAUCUGUCUGCAAAAGCGGUGAAGUUUUUGUGAUAUAGUCUAACUUUUUUAAAAGGAAAAAAUCAAAACCAAUGAGGGAAACGUGAACAAACAAAACUGACAAUGCGUACCAUAAAAAAUGAGCGAAAAGAUGUUUUGAACCUCCACAGUGCCGAGAGGAUCUGCAAAAUAAAUCUGCGAAAUUGUCCUUCAGUUUAGCGUCUUUUAGCUUUGAAGCUCUUUGCUUUAAUUUUGCAUCUUCCCUCAAACUCCGUCUCUAAAUAUCAGAGCAGCUGAGUGACGGUCUGGUUUUAAGUAUUGCAGGUUUUAGCAGUUCAAGAGUCAAAAUUCAUCACAGGAGUUUUUUUGAGCUCAAACUUCAGGAGUGAAAAUUGGAUGAAUAUUAAAAUGCAGCAACUUUCACUGAAUUCUUGUGGUGCUUUUCAGCUGUUAACAACCAACUGUUAUCUAACACAACCACCACUUUGUAUCAGCUUUUCUGCAUCGAUCCUCCUGCUCAUCCAGGUUUUUCUUUUGCUCUCUCUCUCCCCACAAAAAUCUGAUAAAGCCGCUCUCGGGCUCGCAGCAUUCAGAGCUGAGUCAUAUUCAAAGGGAGCCGGGUUCAUGUGCCGCUCUGGUUUGUUUGAGUACAAAUAUGUGUCCUUCUUAUCAACAGGUCGACACUAACGGUGACGUAGACCCUGGUGUGUUGCUGAGCGCUCAGACCAUCACCUCGGAAACCACCAGCACCACGACGACCACGCAUAUCACAAAGGUCAGAGUUGAGCCGGGGUCCUUCGAACAAGAUAGCAGCGUCUGCAUGAGAGUAUAGAGAGGUUCCUUUUUUUUGAUGAUUAGAUCAAUGAAGGUUCAGGAGGUUUAGAUAAGACUGAGACGAGAUCGAAGACGAGCAUCUGCUCAACAAAUCCUCCAAAAUUCAGUCUGAUGCACAAAGCAGCAAGUGCCUAUUGAUGGCUUGUGCAGCACUUCAUCGUCCUCCUCUUCUUCUUCUUCUCCUUCUUCUGUGUCCUCCAGACGGUGAAAGGCGGUAUAUCAGAGACGAGGAUUGAGAAGAGGAUCGUCAUCACUGGAGACGCAGACAUCGACCACGAUGAGGUGUCCUAGAUUCUCCUGUUCGGUUCUGUUUUCUCAUGUCUCCUCCGCUCCCUGCAUUAUUAUUUUUUUCGUUGCCUGUAAAAUGAGUUCUUUUGAUUUUAAGAUGUGACCAUGAAAGCUUAAGAUGAGCUCCGCCCCUUUUGACUUUAACUUGCACUCUUUAGGAGAAGCUCAGUCACACAGUAGAGAGAGUGAUUACUGACUCUUAACAUGACUUAAGUACUGGACGUUUGAUACAUGUAACUUUCCCGUUGGUAUACUGACUCAUAAUCCAACAUCCCCGCUCCCUCCCUGCUUUCUCCGUUUUUUGUCUCCCCCUGGUGACCCCCCCUUGGCACCGCAUCCCCUGUAUGUAGGCUCUGGCUCAGGCCAUAAAGGAGGCUAAAGAGCAGCACCCUGACAUGUCAGUGACCAAAGUAGUGGUACAUAAAGAGACAGAGAUCACGCCAGAGGAGGGGGAGGACUGACCCAGGUAAGACAACGCGGUCCCAGUCCUGGUCCUGGCUGUGUAGUUUAGUCUGGUCUGGUUUUCAUUUGGUUGGACUGGGCUUUUUUUUUUUUUUCGAGCUGGUCUCCAUUCCUGGGCAUGCUGCUUUCCCAUCAGCACUUCCUUCUCACUGAUGCAGACAGCGCCGCUUCUGUAGCACUCACAGCUAAUGCAUCAUGCCGCUGUCAUUCCAGCUCCACCACCUCCCCCGCCACCCGCGGGGAAAAGGUCGGCUGAUUCGUGCGUGCACACAGACCGGAUAUUAUAGUCUCGGCUUGUAAUGACAAGGCUUAAAAACCUUUACAGUAAUGCUCGUGGCAGGCAGUCUCAUGCAACCUGCUGCAAUCUGCCUGCAACACUGCCCCCUGCUGGACAAAAUCACUUAUUACUUUCCACAAAGCUCUUUCUCUAAUCUGCCGUUUAGAAUCUGAAAAACUCCAAACAUAUUAAAUCCACCUUCUUAUAAGGAGGAAAAGCAUCUAAUGUAAUACCUGCAUGUUGUGCAGUAAUCGGUGAAAACACUCUGUACACAUUGUUUAGUCUACAUUGUAUAGGAGCACAAAAGGCACCGGCAGCACAGAGCGAUUAAAUACCUGCUGAACCGGCUUCUGGGAGUCUGCGGCUGCAAACACAUCGACUGAAAUCUGAGCUUGAGUGAACACAGACGCACUCCUCGGCUCUGUUCCUACAAGAAAAGCAUAAACAAUACUCGCACAGCUCCCUCGUACCUCGACAUAUACUCUUAGACUUAAAGCAAACGUGGGAUAUAUGUGCAGAAAACACGCUCUGCAAUCUAACUGUGAUUCUCAAGAAGGAAAAUGAAAAGAAGCUAAUGCAACUGAUAAAGUUUGGAUGUUUGCAUAACUAGGAAAAUGUGUUUUUUUCCUCAUAAAAAACAGAAAAAAAAUCUAAAAUGGUCCAUGCAGCCUAUCUGUGAAUCCCUGAAGUGUUCAAACUGUACUCGUGUUUGCAGUCAGAGACACUCUGUUCCUCUCAGCUGCACUCUCACUGUCUGCGUGAGGGUAAAUACAAGAAAAUAGGUCAGCAGUCCUCGUGGCGGUGUUUGCACUAACUUAACAAAUGCAGCCAUUUGUGUGCGGACUUGCCUGCUGUCAGUACUGUGCGGAUGAUUUCAGGUGUGAAGCCGAGUGAAGGAGCUUCUCAUUCCAUUACACCCAAACAGCAUGUCCUUAUAAACCCUCCACCUUUUCACCUCUCCACAAACUGGAACAGUCCAGUUGGUUCUGAUUCACCUUUUGGCUCAGAAGCUCGUUACUUCUUCGGCUUUUUGAUGAAAAGGAUCCCAAGGCGCAGAGUUUGGGAUGAGCCAGCGUGCAUGUGUGUACUUGCGUGACUCACCAGAUGGGAAUGCUUGGCUUUGUUUCUGCGGCCUUGCCCCUCAGUCCUGUUAGUGUGUGAGCGUGCUGUCUAAAAUGUGUGUAUGUGUGUGUGUGUGUGUGUUUCUGAGCAGCAGUAUUACUAACAUGAUACUUGGUGUUUUUUUCUCUCAGCUGUUUUAGAGGCUUUUCUCUUUCUCUACUGUAGAUACACACAGAGUGCAUUAGAGAGGUUUCAGCUCAGUCUACAGUGUUCGGUUUGUACGCAGAGAUCUUUACUGUGAGUGCUUCAGAUGUGACACACAGAUGUUUUCCAGCACACCGUCAAAUUCACCGUCCUCUUAGCAGUCUGAGCCUCAUCAGGGUGAUUUUAAAGGCUAUAAAAUACAAUAAAAUGAUGAUUUAUGCACCAAAUAUCAACAUUUUACACCUCUACAAUCUAAACUAAUGCUGCUGAAAGUGGUGUUGUUCUAGUUUAACGUGACACAGCUCUGUUUUCUAGGGGUGGGAGAGAAAAUUGAUACAGCAUAGUAUCACGACAUUUUGCUGUUCGGUGAUAUAUCGUAUCGUCCAAUUUAACAAGGAUCAAUUUUUCAAAUUAUUGCUAAUUAAAAUAAAAAAAAUUCAGAUAAAAUCAAAUGUUUGUCCAGUGAGGUUGGCAGAGGUGAAGGAGAAAGUUAGUACAACAAAAUAUAAGGUUUGCAAGAUGUGCGACAUGAAAAUAAAAUACUGUGUAAAUAAGACAAACAUACAGGAAAGACAAAUGCUAAAUUAGCUAAACUGUUGGAAUAAUUGUUUAAAUCACAAUAGUAUUGCAAUACUCACUGUAUUGCAAAAUGCUAAAAAUUGCAAUACUAUCGUAUCAUGGCCCAAGUAUCGUGAUAGUAUCGUAUCGUGGAGCCACGAGUGAUUCCCACCCCUACUAUUUCCUAGAUCAAAAUACUGACGAACCACACCACGCUGUGAGAUCCUGUCUGUCAUCUGUGCUCGUUUACAUCCAGGUAGUGAAGCAUUUUAGCAUCAUAACCGGAGCUACAGCCCCAGCUAGUGGUGAACGGCUGAACAACAGCUUUGACGGAACAAAUCAGGGUUAAACUUCAUUAUUUUUCUCGUUCAACGUGAUAAAAACCACAGAGGAGGAAAUUGUUCCCCAAGUUUGGUAUUAAGAUUUAUAAUAAAUGGAUAAUAACAUAAAAACGGACCAAUUUUAGCCGGUAGCUGAGAAGCAUUUUAUCAUUUAAUUAUGAUUACUUUAAAACUAUCGGCAAUCAAAGUGCUGAUGAGCGAUAAAGACCACUCAUCCUUUAAGCAUGAAGCUAUAAAUAAACUUUUCAUUAGCACAAUUAAAAAUGAAAGAUGAUGUUUUCACAUUAUUGCAAAAGUUUACUGAUCCUUUCAAAGUCAUUCAUGUAAGGUGUUUGGUAUUUCCAUUCAAAUUAAUGCAGUAAAAGAGUAAAAGAUAAAUUGUUUCUUUUAUAAAAAGUUAUAUUUUUCCAAAAUCAAAAGGACAAAAAAUCUGAAAAUUUAAAACAAAAUCAAUUACAUAUAUAAAAAACUGUUAGUUGUAUUUAAGAUAAAAGUAGAAUAGCUGUAAAAUAAAAAAUAUGAGGAAAUUAUGACAUGACUUGUAAAAUAUCAAGAGGUCGAUAUCAAACUCUGUGUGUUUGGCCUAUCCUGUAAAUUCUCUCUUUCUCUAAUCCCUGAAGUCUAUCUGUGUUUGAGCCUGAAACAUCCUCUCAAAAACUGAAUUUUAUCAAAAACAAACCAACCUGGGCUCUAACUUUGAACCCCACUUCACCUUUUCUCAGCCUAAAGCUCCUAAAUUUAAAUUUGACUGUGUCUAAACUCCAAAAGAGUCCCUUCUGUAAAUGUGUCUGACUGGUAACAGAUUCAGUCACUGAGGGUUUGUGGCUGGAGGAGAUUUGUGUGUCUAAGUUGAAACCACAUGGUCGCAGAGAGAGAACGACUGUUUUGUUUUUCGCCGUGACACGGUCCUCUCUGACUCACUGCCUGUGGUCACACUCGAAACGGACAGUAAACUCGCUAGCGUGCAAUCAGGAGGCCUGUUUGUUGGUCAAUUACAGCCAGAAAAUGCCGAGAAGCCUGUGUGUGUAUCUACGUCUGUGUGCGUUCCUGUAAGUCUGCAGUCCCUCAGCGCAUCUAUACUGGGGGCCAAAACUGCCAUAACCUUUUACCCAGCUCAUUUUUCAUGUCUGGCAGCAGGGUGCACUGUGGCACUGCAGGCUCUGAUGUGAUUAAACAUGCAGGAUCUUCCGACUAACUGCUGUUUCCUCUGCUCUUCCAGGAGUAACACUGAGGGCUGUUUUCUGUUCAACCUCCCAGAAUCCAACAUCCUGAUCUCCACAUAUUAACUCCGGGACUCUCAGAAGACUAGACAGGCUCCUCCUCUCCAAAAUGCUGCAGCUCGCCACUCGCCGCAAAAACAACCAUCACCUGCAGAAUAAAUACAAGCAUUUUGCAUGAGAAGGACGCAAACGUUGCAUUACGAAACAAAAACAGCAAAUUAUACCGAAAAACCGUACGAUUUUAAUAAUGGUUCUCGACCCACCUGCACGCCCAGUCCCUGUGUGUGCAGCGAGCAGACCUUUGCUUUCACUGCCUUAUGACUUUGAUGCAUUUUUAUGAUUAUUGAGAAUAAUUAUUGUAGCAGACGUUUUAUUUAUGAAAGAAAGCCAUCACUCCAGACACUUAAAAUCGCUGCAGGCUGUAUAUGUUAGGGAGCGUACUCUAUUUAACCUUGCUGUAGAAGUGCCAACCUUAUUUGCCAGCAAGCAUCGCCUCACUCACUCCAACAAAGCCCCUGAUUUACUUUUGUCAGCUACGCCACUUAAGAAUCUCCUCCUCUCAGUUCUGUACAUAUCCAGCUUUCUUAGGAGAAUAGCAAAUUAUAUUUCACACUUGAUUUGUGUCGCCUCUACUUGAAUUGCAUUUUCCUUUUUAUGAUCAUUUCAGUAUUUUAUUGUUCCUCAUUGAUCGACUCCGCCUCCAUCAGAGAAGGUCUGUUCCGGCAAUAAUCAAAGCCAAGGAAUCUGAUUUUUUUCGUGCCUCUGCAGGCUCUGAAUGUUUUCCCCCCGGGUAGAUGAAUCGGCUGCAGCACAAGUCCCAGGUUGGUGUGACUGUGAGGCAAAGGGCUCAGACUGCCGAGCUCUGCCCAAAUUAGAUGCAAAGCCAAGAGAGAUCUGUCAAUCCCCGCCUGCCCGCUAACCCACCCUGAACGUGUGUCACCUGUACGGCCUCCCUCAUCUGUCCGACUGUAUCUGAAUAACGCAGUAUUCUUCCUGUACAGCCUCCAAACAGUCCAAUAAUAAAAGUGGCAAAUGCAUUUGUUUUUAAUUUGCUGUUUUCUUCUCAAAUAAUAAAAUGUUGACAACAGUGCUGAAACUCACUGGACCCUGUUGA